AACACGUGGAGUCUUGGUCUGGUCUUGAGACACAUGUAGUUUUGUUGACAUCUAAUAAUUUUCUUGUGUAUGGAAUGAAUGAAACAGCUUUUAAAUGAAGUUUUUAGUUCACAGGGUUCGGUUUGUGGACUAUGUACCGCAAGCAAUCCAUUGUCUGGCAGUUGAAGACACCAACGAGCCGUCCAAACUUGCUCUUUCCAGGUACAAAUCUCUUUGUUGUUUUGCAUGACAUGCAAUCUGCAGAUCACGCUGAACUGUUGUAAUCAUAACCGUCGCUAUACGUUUUACGGUGGGGGCUGGUGUAGCAAUAAUGAGAUAGCCAGCAGUCAAUUUAAUGUUUUACCUGCUCGGGUGUCUGAAAAACACAGACCCCAUCAUACAUGCAAGCUUAAGCUUUAUAACCACUCAUCGAAACCCUCGCGAGAACUAACGAACUAAUGUCCUCAUCAAAACUCAGAUGAAGUUAUAGUUGGUUGCAUUACCUUUGUUUUAUGAUAUUCAUACGUUUGCUUAAACUUUUAUGAUACGGUCUCCUUGGCAAAGUAAGUGACUAAUUCUGUUAGGAAUGAAAAUUUUAAAGAAACUUUGGUGUUGCAUCAGUGGGAGACUAAAAUACAGAGAUUUGGUUUCAUCCGUUGAGUUGAUAUGGUAGAUUGACCACCGCAAGGAGAUAGAGAAACUGUUGUUUUAAGCGCUGUAGCCCUUGAUUAGACCAAAUCGACAUGGAACUUUGUGCUCUAAACUUUGGCUUCCCUAUCUACCCGUGGUGGAUUCAAUCUUAGAGACAUCUGCCUUUUGCAUAGUCUUGGAACAUGAUGACCCGCAAGCCUUAGAAACGUGCACGACAGUCAUCUGAAUUGACUGAUUGUGCAAUAUAAAACAAAGGAAGUGUUGAUAACAUAGUGCAGGACCGUAGGUUGGGAACCAUAAGAAAUCCCUGGAACUCAUUACUCGCACGUCAUCUCGCUAAUUCAUAUGACAUUUUAUUCCGACAGGAGCAAUUAACACAAUAAAAAUUUGCUUUUGUCCCCAAACGAUAACCGGAACCUCUGUAAAUACAUCAUCGAUUUUAUUUUAAAAAUUACAAAUGUCUUUGAAACAGAGCAACUUCAGAACACUCGGCCACUUUACUUAGAUUUAUUUACAUUGUGUGGGCCGCGUCGAAAUGUUUCUUUGUAACUACCAAACUACUACUUUGUAAAAACCAAAACCAAACCAAAGUCUCCAGGUGAUUAAAAGCAAAAGAACGCGCGCGAGGAGAACGCGAGACCACAAAAAUAUUGUUUUCGAAAUGUAACCGCAUUAGCAGAGAUACUACGUGAACGGAUCACAACAGUAUUGUUCUAAAUAAAUAUCAAAAAGAAAAAGAAAAGCCUUCUUCCGAAUAAAUGGUUACAUACUGUGCUUUCCAGUUUCCAGGACGUACUAAAAGUGCCGGAAAUUGGAAUUUUGCCACACAUGUUGUAUUUGUAACGAGAAAACAAAUCUUUUACUAAUAAAUGCCGAAAAAUAUAACUGGCGGAGGGUCUCCUACAAGAAAAUCUCCUAUUAAAAAACACUCUAAGACACACAUAUAGCUUUUGUGUACAAGCUUGUAAACCCCUUAAUUUUCCAGUUAUUGUGCAAGUGAUUUCAUAAUACCUUGCUGUCUAACUCACAAAAUCACGGGCAUACCACCUCGUGUUUCUGUUGCACGAUAAAAAUCGCACUUAGGAGUUUAAAACACCAUGGCAUUACAAUAAAACUCGUUACUCAAGCUAAAUCAUAUUAACCUUUAAAUUUCCACUUGGUGCACAAAUGAUUUCAUAUUGCCUCGGUGUCUAAACUCACAGAAUCACAGGCACGCCACCUAGUGUUUCUGUUGCUUUAAAAAUGGCACUUAAGAGUUUAGAACACCAUGGCAUUACAAUAAAAAUCGCUUACUCAAGCUAAAACAUAUUUAUAUUAGACAUAUUAACUCUUAAUUUUCUUCUGUGCGCAAGUGAUUUAAUAAUACUGUGGUGUCUAACUCACAGAAUCCCGGGCGUGCCACCUAGUGUUUCUGUUGCUUUGAAACUCGCUCUUAGGAGUUUAGAACACCAUGGCAUUACAAUAAAAUUCACUCACCUGUGCUAAAACAUAUUAACCUUUAAUUCCCACUUGGUGCGCAAGUGAUUUCAUAUUGCCAUGGUGUCUAUACUCACAGAAUCACGGGCGCGCCACCUAGUGUUUCUGUUGCUUUAAAAAUGGCACUUAUGAGUUUAGAACACCAUGGAAUUACAAUUAUAGAACUCACUCAAGCUAAAACAUAUCAGACAUAUUAACCCUUAGUUUUGUUCUGUGGGCAAGUGAUGUCAUAACACUAUGGUGUCUAACUCACAGAAUCACUGGCGUGCCACCUAGUGUUUCUGUUGCUUUAAAAGUCGCUCUUAGGAGUUUAGAACACCAUGGAAUUACAGUAAAACUCGCUUACUCAAGCUAAAUCGUUUUAACCUUUAAAUUUCCACUUGGAGCGCAAGCGAUUUCAUAAUGCCAUGGUGUCUAAACUCACAGAAUCACGGCGCGCCACCUAGUGUUUCUGUUGCUUUAAAUCACACCUAGGAGUUUAUAACACCAUGGAAUUACAAUACAACUCGCGUACUCAAGCUAAAACAUAUCAGACAUAUUAACACUUAGUUUUCUUCUGUGCGCAAGUAAUUUAAUAAUACCGUGGUGUCUAAGUCACAGAAACACAGGCGCGCCGCCUAGUGUUUCUGUUGCUUUAAAAAUCGCACUUGGGAGUUAGAACACCAUGGCAUUAAAAUAAAACUCGCCGCACUUAAGAGUUAAGCCAUUGUCUUUUUAAAAAAAUAGUCACCCUUGAAAUAUGUUGAGGUGCUUCUUAGUGAUUUCUCUUCCGGCAUUCUUCCGGCGUUCCAUUCCUUGUUCUUAAUUUCCAUACAGUCCUCUCACAAGAAUCUUACGAAUACUAAAGGCAAAAGUGAAACUCACCUUUUUCCCCCAAGCAGCUUUUCAUCAAAAGACUCCCUUAACAAUGAUUUCCAUUCCCAUACCUAAUUUUCUAAAAUCCUGCAGUACAUAGCUUUUUCUUGACUGGAUAAAGAGUUAAAUAGCAGCAGCCUUCAUCUACCUAACAACAGUAUUUCGUAAACCGUCGUCAUUAAAUAGCGGAAAUUUUUUAUGUAGCCUGUUUGCACACGCCUUACAUCAUUAACAGCAAAUCAUGCAUAAUAGUCACCAAACAAAUGCAGUCGGAUUAGAUCAUCUACACAUUAAUCGUAAUGACUUGUCAUUAGGCUCAGAAACAUUCUGAAGGCAUAGGAAGACCAUCUUCUUCUCGUGAUGUCAUCUAAAUCUACAUCUCAAGAAUGCAAUGCUGGCUUUACAUGUAUUCGAUCAGAGGUCAAAUCAUAAUGUCACACUACUUCCAUAUAAAGAAAAAAUCAAUUAUUAUUUCCAUUGUUUUGGUUGAAUUUUUAACUAUAGUGCAUUGAAUGUACAAGAUUCCAUCAGAGAGAUGCCAUAAAAAUAUGAACGCAACGCACCAGCGCAUGCGUGACACGCGAUUCACUUCGGAAACUGCAGUUAAGCAAGCUCACGCCAAAGAAAUUUGUUGAAUGUGCACACACAAAGCCUCAGAGAUCAAUUAUUACAAUUUGCUAUGGCAUCCAUCUUUCCUUUAUGAUGAGUAGUAUGACUAGUAUGGUGUUUGUUCAUGGACUGCGGGUUUUACAUAAUAAACAUUUUGAAUGAAUGCUUUUUAUGUAGCAACAUUCGUCCGAUUCUAUUUGAGUUCUGCGAUCUUAAUACGUAUAUUCAAAACAAUAUGGCACUACGCUACAUUUUAAUACUGGCAAAGACCAGAAAGACAUCGCUUGAGUCGUAGGCCACGCGUGAUUAUUCUGGAUAACUCGUGAGCUAAGAACGCAAAUCUCUGGCGUAUGUUAAAUUGUAAUCUCUUCUCAAUUACUCUAUUGCCAGAUUCUGCCUUAAUCUUGUUAAAAAAUGUGACGCUUUAUGGAAUAACUGACAACUGAUGAUUGGACCAAAUGGUAAAGAAACUAAUCAGUUGCUUUUCGCAGUAGGAAGUUUAUUGCUUGUCACUCACACACUAGCAUCCGUAACAAUGCCAGCGUCCUGUGGUGUGCAAAAAAAAGUCGUAUGCAGGUCCUCAUGAGGACUAAACAUCAGCAAGGACCAAGUCUAGCUACUCCUUUUUGGGAAGCUUGAGAGAUGGCUGUUAAAGGAGCAAGACAGUAUUGUAUUUACCAGUAUCUCCUGCCUAACUUAAUUAUUUGGAAUGUUCAUUGCUUUUUGUCUGUUUCUCCUGGCCACUAUCAGCAUGAUCCCUGCCCUGGCUAUUUCCCUAUAAAAGAAAAAGAAAAGAAAAGAAAAAGAAAAAUAAAGGAAUAAAAAAAAAAAGAAGACAAAAAUAGAACGCAAAUACCUUCCUAGGUGACGAAAACGACACUUACUAAGGGCAUAUUCAUCUGGCAACUGUCUUGAAAUUCCCUAACAGCCCUGCUUGUAAUUAUUGUCGUUGUAUUACUAUUUUUCUUUUCAGGUCAGAUGGUAGUGUAGAAAUCUGGAAUAUCAAAGAUGAUUGGUUCCAAGAAACUGUGAGUUGGUAGUUCUGGCAAAAAAUGAUCAAUAGUAUUAAUGUACUCCCACCCUUUCUUUCAAUCUGAUAUACUCUAAAUUUUAAUCUUAGAUUUUAUGAUUCCAAGCUAUUUAUUUUUUGCCUUAUACAUGUAGUUAAGAUAAGAUCAAAUAAAAUAAAUAAAAAUAGUAUUGAUUAGGUGUUUAAAAAAUGUAGAUAAGCCAAGCCCACAGCUUAGCUACCAGUAUAAUUUUAUGCAUGCUGUACAGUUGUAUAGGUGUACUUGCUUUGUAAGCAUAAUUAUGUCUUUCUACCUGUUACAUAUAAGUAAUUUAUUUAUUUGAUUUUUAUGCCCUUUUGACCCAGCUAUUCUUCAAAUGUCUUCUACGGCUUCAGUAGUCUUUGCUUAUUUUACUAUUGUGUGGUUCCAGAAAAUAUCCAUACCCCCCCCCCCCACGGAAGGGAUUUGCUGUUUGACCCCCCCUUCCCCUCUGGAUUUUCCAAAAUUGGCCCCCAAAAUUUACCCCCCCCCCUUCCCUCCAGAAUUUCCAACAUUUUCGCACACCCCCUGGAAAUUUUGCUAUCUCUAAUUCAAAUGAACAAAGAAGUAGUUUUGUUCACUAGGAUGCCAAAUUUUGUGAGUUUCAUGUAUUUUCUGUUGAAUUGUAUAACAGACAAGUGAAUUCCUUUAAUAUGAGAACUUUUGCCCUCAAGUCACAGACAAAUUUUGUGCAUUUCAUGUAAUUUCUGUUGAAUUCUACAAUUCUGCAAAUGAAAUGCAAGAUCACCUAGCGAACAUAACUGUACUUUUCACGCACUGCGUCAAGAAGAAAGCAACACUUAAAGAGGUAUAAUUAAAGAGAUCAGGACCUUGUCGCAUGAUAAGAUAGUGUGAGUAUCGAAUUUCGUUCUACCAAAUUUGCAUAUUUGAGUUUGCGGUAAAAUUGCGCGUCGCCGAUUUCAUUGAUAAGAAAAUUGUCAAAGUUUAACGUGCUGGAAAAGACUCGGUAACUUCUUUGUGAUAGAGAAACAGUCAAGAGAAGGAGAAAUUCAACCAGGUAAAAAAUUUAUUUUUCAUGUUUUGUGUUCUCAACAUGUAAGGAAACUGAAGUUUUGUUCCGCUGGCUCAUAAACUACAAAAGCGUAAAAGACAAAAAAUAUUAUUUUCGGGAAACUUGUUGAAAAAAAAAACAACUUAAGUAUUGACUAAAAAGUAUGUCAAUACUGUUGAUAAUCAAUUGAUAAUGUGGAAGCAAAGAUUGCUACAAAGGAGCAGAGAUGCGUAACUAUUCAUAUAUGAUACAUUUGUGAACAAAAUUCGUAACGUGCGUGACCCAGAGAAUAACAGAUCCUUCGACGUGAGUGGCUAAUGACGAAAUGGUUUUGGGACGGAAACUCGGCUAAAAUUUAUCUGUGAACAGAUAGCUUCGGUAGCUCGAACGGUCCACAAAUUCUUUUUCGAACGGAUAGCCCAAGCCGUUUGAAUGGAUCACGACUUUUUUCAAAUGGAUAGCCCAAGUCGUUCGAACAGAUGACAAUUUUUUUGAACGGACACCCCAAGCUGUUCAAACGGAUACCAAAUCUGUUCAAAAACGGCAAACCGUAAGGAACGUUUUCGCAUGAGAGGUCACGCCAAGGGACUGACAAAAUGUGUUUGUUAUGUCCAUUUAAUCCACUUUCGUUGUGUUUUAUAUCUUCACAAAUAAAUUGUCAUGGUAAAGUUUUGUGUUUUUUCUUUGUAAUUACUCUCUUACGCGUCACAAGAACCCUCUGGAAAUAUUUCCCUAUGGUGACCCCCCGUCCCCACUGGAAAAUGAGGCAAAUUGACUCCCCCUCCCCCCUGGAAAAUCCAAUCCCUUCUGUGGGGGGUGGGGUAUGGAUAUUUUCUGGAACCACACAUUUUGAAGAUAUUAAUAUUUCUUUUUUCUCUCACAACUUACAACACCAUUUUCUUAUUGAGCUCUACCUUUCCUUCCAGUUGUUGUUCACAAUAGCCAAAAAUCAUUUGGAAUUUUGUUUUGCUUGUAUCACAACAGUUUCCUAGUCUUGUAGAUUGUUGAAACAGGCAACCAUCAUGUUCUCACAAGAAUUUUGCAUGGGUAGUACAGUAGCAGACUCAAUUGGCCCAUACAUAAUUAUUUCCAUUGUACAGUGUAUUUACAAAUGUAUAUAGCUGAUUCAAUGGAGGUUGCUUUGGGCAUUAGGAAUUGGGCAUUAGGAAGCUAUUGUUUGGUGGUCACUGAGGCAAAUCAUUACAUUGUUCUGUAUGCUUAAAUGCCCAACACCCAACUGCUAAUUCCCAAUGCCCAAAGCAACCUUUAUGGAAUAAUUUGCUAUAUAUCUGUUGGGGACCACAAGGACAUCAUCAAGCUUUAAACUAGCUCUGUUGUUUGGACUGUUUUUGUGGCCACGUUGGUGAUCAAGAAAAGCUUUUGGUGAUAAAUUUUCAUGACAGAAGUAUUUUACAAAGAACAUUCAUUGAAAGCAAUUUGGACCAGUAGCUUCAAAUUAGAGUGAAAACUGAGAUAAACGAAUGUUUUUGUCAUAGAUGAGUGUGCUUACUUUGCUGGUUAUGUCUGCAUUUCAGUUCAGCUUUUUACCAUCAAAACCUUACCUUUUCAUGGAAUCUACCUUUGAAUUCAUGUUACGCAAAAGCAAACCCACAACAAAUUGGUUCCGUCCCUGCUGAUGGAUCAAAGACUGCUUUCAACUCUGUGCACCAAUUGGCUGUUGAACAUGCUUGCAAACUUACCUUUUUUCCAUCCAGCAAUGAAAUAAUGCUGAAUAUGCUUUGCAAUGAAAAUUAAUUUAAGAAUCACAAAAGACAUUGAACCAAAAAAAGAAGAAUGCAUGAGAAAACAGAAGGACAAUUGGGCUGGUCACCCCCUGGUAGGGCUUAGUUUGUAAGGGUUUGCAAGAUAAGUUUUUCUAGUUCAGUAUGAAUAAAGUACUAGCCUGGCCAGGGGUAGUUAACUUGCAUAUCAGUCUUGUUUGUAAUUGACAGGCAAUUGCUUGAAUCUUUUUGUAAAAUAUAGGUAAUUCCAGGUGGUAAUGGUCUGUCAGUGGAAGCUCUGGGCUGGUGCAAAGGGAGACUUUUUACUGCAGGACUCAAAGCUGAUAUUACUGAAUGGGAUCUCACCAAUUUAUUUCCAAGGGUAUUUAUCUACUAAUAAAUAUCUAUGUACACACAAUAAUAAGGGAAAGUUUAAUACUCUUCUCUAUACAAGUUCAUUUUAAAAAAAUGCCAAUAUUAUAGCUCUCCUCGGAAUCACUGUCAGCACUCACUUUUCAGAUUGAAACUUUUAGAACAUUUGCAUUUGUGUGCUACUACAAGUGGUGUAAAAUAGUAGUAAGAAACGUUAUUGCAGUUGUUUAGAGCGUAAAUUAUGAGUAAUUAGUUGAGCUUGCUUUAGCAGAGCAAGACUCUUAAAAUGCAGGUGUUUCUUUUUUUUUUCUCGUUUUUUUGUGUGGCAGCUAAAUUGUAGGCCAGGUAUUCCUAGCAAAGACCAUGGAAACUGGGGUUAAGAAUCAUGACAACUUUCGUUGUAUGCAAAUGAGUCUCAUGAUGAGCAUGCAGUUUAUUUCGGCAAUGACUGAAAUGAUGCAUGUAAGUUAAGUUUGGCGAUGAUGUGAAUUUUCCCAAAUCGAGGCCUUUGUUUUUCGUGUAAUUAUGCAUGACAUGCACGCGUAUAAAAAAGUAAAUAACCCAAGUAGGAUGAGAAAAUAUUAUAGCGGGGGAAUCCUGUAUUGUGGUGUAUUGAGGCAUUACGUUUCUCAGAAUAUUGUUACAAUUACUGGAUCGCCACGAUUAAAUAGAUUCCGUUUGUUGUAUGUAUUUAAUUGAUAGAUUUUUGCAGUUGUUAAGAUGUGAAGUCAUGUUGCACUCUAUAAAUACUUGAGAUAUCAAGUAUUUACUACUGGAAGCAACUUCAACUACCUGUCUAACAGUUGAUUUCCUUUGCCAUGUAUUUUUUACGGGCAAACGUGCAUGAAAUUUACGUUCGCAAAUAAUAUAGAGGCAAUGAAUGAAAGAUUGCAUGUAAGCGUAAAAGUAGAACCUCACUCAACUUCAUGUUUAAUCUCAACACUUUAUGUCUUGCCUCUAUUUUAUUUACGUGAUUAAAAUUCAACAGGUCGUCCUGUGUUUCUCCGGGAAUAAAUGUUAGCGCAUCGAUUAAUAAUAAUUUCUUUCAUGUCGAACAUGAAUCUCGUUUGCAGAAUCAAUUCCAGAAUGGUCUGAUAAAAAUUUAAGCUACUCAAGAGGGAAGGCCAUCGUCUAUCGCGGCGCUAGAUUCUCGUUCUUGUAAACAACUUUAUGCAAAUUUCUGUUGACAUUUGAGCCCUUUGCGAUAAAAUGUUGCGCGAUGACCCAAAUUUAUUUAUUGACUUCUGAUCAUCAACGCGCUGUUUGUGGAACAAACUUCUCGCUAAUGCAAAUCAACUUCUUUGCCGAAAAUAUCAGCGACGAUUCUUCUUUGAGGAAGUGACUUUUGAUCACGUGCCAGGCAAAAGGAAAAAGAUCAAGUUUCACCGAUCUUCAUUUCGGAACAUCAACGUAAAACAAGCGUGUGCAGAUUUUGUAAAAUAACCCAUUUAAUUUUUUUUUCUUUUUUUUCGUAAUUUCCAAAGUUUCCUGAACUGAAUGUGUAUUCCGUUUCCUGAACCUUGGGAGUUUGAAAAGGAUUUACGCUUCACUUUUUACCUGUAGAGACUUCAGACACCGCCGUGCAAUGAUACUCAAGGUAGAACGUAACAUUAAAACGUGCGAAAACUGCGGAAAGGAACUCUACAACGCGCAAAUGCAUUUUUCACCAAUUUCCUGUCAAAAAUGUGAACGUCAAUGUAGUAAUAACGAUCUAUUGCCAGCAUAACUGGAUAUUCCUUAGGCAAAAAAAAUUAUUAGUAUUCAUUAUUUGACCGGCCAGAAUCGGGGUUUGUCCGGGCUAAAAAAUAUUUGGCCGGUCAACAUGACCGGCAACCUGCUGUCCGUUAUUUGCAGCCCUGCUAUCUACAUUUAUACUGACAGAGUCAUGGGCUCCUGAUACUCCUAAAAAUCAUCGUUCAAUUUUUUUAGUGUUAAAUCCCUGAACGAGUUCUCCUCACUGGAGCAAUAUCACUAGGCAGAAGGUUUUCCAAGGUUUCACACCAGUGUGAAGCUAACAUGUACAGCCUGUCUCUCCUUGCAAUUUUUACGUUUUAAGUAUUUGCAUUAUGACAUAUAACACUCGUUUUGUAAUUUCCAAACGAAAAAGUAGUAUAACAGCACCGGCGCCUUUGACAACAAAACUUAUCUCCAAGCAAGCAAUACUCAAUGCUACUAAGAGCAUUCUAGAUAGUAGAUUUAGACUACAAUUUAUGAGUGAGUGGUUUUUUUAACUUUUUUACUUACCCAACAGACAACAGUAGAUUCUUUUGGUGGUGCAGUGUGGUGUCUGUCAGUUAAUCAUGAAAGAUCUCAUCUAGCUGUAAGUUCUUGCUACAUCUAAAUAAAGUGUAUUCACAUAAAUGGCUUUGUUAGUAUGACCUAGAGUCUUUCCUUAAAUUAUUGAUUAAAAAGUCAUAAAUGAAUAAAAUGGUUGCACCUAGUCAAGGUUAUACUGAAUAUAAUUAGGUACAAAGUCUGUCCUCAGAAAGAAUCAUUUUACCAGUCCUCAGAUUUGUGGUCAGAGAAAUUCCCCCUAUUUCCUUGACUGAAAUAUGGAGAGGAGCUUCUUUCGCAGAUCACAAAGGCCCAAAGACCACUUCAUUUAUGAUACUCUUCAUGACACUUUUAUGACCAAAUGGGAAAGUAGCCCCAUCACCUACAUGUUUUGCAAAGAGAAGGAACAUAAAAGACUUUAUAUGAAGCAUGUAGACCUAUAAAUUGCCAUCUGUCUUGUGGCACUUAAAGGAUGGUGAGAAACAAAUGGAUCAUUAUUUUGGAUGGUAACCUGACCCAAAGUGUCUAAAACACAUGUGACCUACUUGUUCUCUCUCCACCUAUAGGUGGGGUGUGAGGAUGGCACUGUGAGGUUAUUUCAGAUCACAAAUGAUGGUUUAACUUACAGGAAGUCCUUUGACCAGCAACAAGGUAUACAUGUACCAAGUGUAGACAAGUGGGUUUUGUUUUGAUCAUUCAGUUUUUCUUCAUAUUCUUUCAGUGUUUAUCUUAUUUUAACAUGAAAUUGUUAUUUUGGGUACUUUGAAUGGAUGAUUUAACAAUUCAGAAUACAUGUAAAAGUGUUUGGCCUUAGCUAUUACAAAAGAUGCCAAAUUUACUGAGUCAGCAACUAAACCAACUACUCUAACUGCACCACCUGCUCGACAAAGACACUAGAAGAAUUCUUUAAUAAAAAUAUCUUGCACAGUGUGAAUAAGCCUCCAGGGUGAAUAACAAAUAAUUGACUGAAUGUGAUCGAUUGAUUGACUGAUUGAAUUUGAAAGUGCAAACUUACAUGACAGUUCAGUAUUGCUCAUCAAUGCAAGAGCCAAAUCUGCAAAAUGAGCAAGUCUCAAAACCUAAAAGAAAAAAAACUGAGUUGAGCAACAGAAAACAUUCCCUAGUUUAGAAAUAAUAUUAUGCCUUAACACCUUCAUGUAAAUUUGGUGUCUUAUUCACUGUGUAGGUAGAGUCCUGUGCCUCAGUUGGCAUCAGAGCGACCAGAGUAUGGUGACUGGAUCAUCUGAUAGUACAGUUAGAGUCUACAAUAUUGGCUCUGGUAAAAAAGACCUUUAAAUUACAAUGUAUAAGUAAUGAGAUGUUAUUGUUUAAAAACCAACUACAUGUAAAAGACAUAGUUUAUUAUGAUUUUUUUUGUUACCUGAAAUCUCUACUUAAUUAUUUUGGUUGGCUGCAAGAUCAUAAGCAUGGCCAUUCACUUUGUAAGACAUACACAUACACACAUGGAAGGGCUUACGGUAGUUUGCGAAACGAAGUGGAGCAAAACGAAAUGAAAUGGAACGAAACGAAAUGAAAAUCUGUAGUUUGCGAAAUGAAAAACUAUAGUUUGCGAAAUGAAAAUCUGUAGUUUGCGAAAUGAAAGUCUGCAGUUUGGGAAAUGACAAUCUGUACUUUAGGGAAAUGACAAUUUACUUUCUCGCUGCAUCAACUCGGAUAUUCUAAAUAGAAAAUUCCCCCCAAAAAGCCGUUUGCCCAGAAAAUUCAGAUUGCGCGGAAUGCGUGACGUUUUCGUUGCCUCUGAGCUCAGGCAUUUUUGAGCGACGGACAGCAACUGGAAGCAACUCCUCUUCCCUUUUUAUAUGCCUUGACGCCACCACAUUUAUAUUGAUAAGUGUCAUUACUCUUAUAGAGACGAUCUGCCGGAAAAUUUGCCCAAGAACCACUGCCCAAGUCCACUUCCGGAGGUCGUUGAAACGCCUUAUCUUAACCAGAAACGUCACGAGAUAUUCAAACGAACCGAUAAAAUACAUCAUUUUGGCUUUGUUGUUUACUUUCGAACAUGGUGGCUUUAACGUUUUGUAUAGAUAAACAAAUGCAGGAAAAAAAGUAUUUCCAGCAGAAGUUUUUGUUGUUUAAGUGUCAUUUGACAGCAGGAAUUCCCUUUGGAGGAAAGUCAUUGUUUCUUCUUGAUCGCAAAGCUAUUCGCUGAUAGAUAACUGCAGCCUGUUUAUCCGACAUAAAGAAUAUCACAAGUAACUAGCAACAAAUACAGGCGAAGGAGCCAUUCAUUAUAGUCCAUGGGCCAAGUGGCUAAAAAUGGCGGAUCGUUACCACUUGGGGGGGACGAAGGCCACCAUACAUCAAAUUAAAGCUUAUCGUGUGUAGAUUUCCAAAAUAUAUGAUGGAAAUGUUGUAAGAGUAGCUUAAAGGAGUCACGUGACCUUGAAUUUUGCAUAAUUAGCAUAAAUUGAUGAUAUACUAAAAUGCGGCUGUAGCAAGUAAUUCUGUAGAUUCUGCAUAAAAUAAAGCAGGCAUAGAUAAGAUAUAAUGUCUGUAAAGUAUUUUGUCACUUUUAAGGAUAAAAAGUCACGUGACAGUGACGUCACUUCCGGUCGCAGUAAAAAACCCUCCAUUUUUUGUAUAUUUUUCCUAUUUUUGUUUUUUUUUUGCUUCUUCCUGUUAUGUGAUUCAAAAGUACAUUUUAUAACAUAUGAAAAGCAGUAAAAGAUAAUGUAAGUAGUGGUAUUUCAGAUGCAUGAUUAAUCAUCGAGCGAUUUUUCACCGGUAUGGUACAAGGAAGCCAUCUUGUUUUUGUGGUAAUUACAGUCCUCAAAGAUGUGAACAAAUAUGGAUUCAAGCAUACCUCGUAAAAGACAAAGAACUGAGCCUUAUUGCAUAAUACAUUGUACUGAUGACAACACAACGUUAAUCAGUCCAAAUUCUCUUGACUCAUGGAAAACGUUGCAAAAAGCUGGUCAAAUCCGAGAUCACGAAGGCAUUCUUAGUGUACAGGUUGCCGAUGACCAAAUCCCGAAUGGAGUAUUUUACCAUCGCAAAUGUCGAAGCACGUUUACACACAAACAUGACUUAGAUCGAAUUACAAAGAGUAAGAAUGAUGAAAAAGGGAAGGAGGUGGAGGUGGAGACGAGUCAUCUAGAGAGGAGAUCAUCUAUAAGACAAGGUAGGAUGCUUGUUCGGCUAAAUAAAAAGAAAGAAUCUUAAAGAAAUAAGAUAAUCAUAGAGUAGUUGUGUAUGGAAAGAAACGUUUCAGUAUUGCAGAAUUUUAGUUAUAGUUAUAGUUAUCUAUAUUAAUAUCUUGUUUGUAUUCUGCUAUGAAAAGUAAAAUUCUUAAUAAAAUUAUCAAAACAUCAAUUUAUUUAAGGAAAGCCAAGUACUUCCAGCUCCCGGGUGUGCGAGAAACAGUGCAUCUUUUGUGAAAAGAAAGAGAACUUUGUUAAAGGUUCAAAAUCAAGGGAGGGCUUAACACAAGCCAGACAACUCAGAGUCGAUGAUACAGUGAGAAAAGCUGCAGAAAUAAAGCAUGACAAGAGAAUCCUGGCCCUGGCAAGCCGAGAGCUGGUUGCAGCCGAAGCUCACUGGCACCAUUCCUGCUACAAGAAUUAUACAAGGACAAACAGCAAAUCUGUUAAUACAACAGAUACUGAAGAACUUCCUGAUAGAUUAUGUGAUUAUAUAAGGAAUGAAUUAUUUCAGAGCAAUAAUAUAAUAGAGCUUGCACAAUUAAGUGAUAUGCUUAGAGGGUGGAUGUUGGAAUCUGAAGUAAUAGAAAUCAACCAAUCAACAAUAACUCACUUAAGAACAAAACUUAGUGUUGAAUUUGGAGAUUCCUUCCACUUGAUUCAAAAUGAAUCUAACAAAGUUAUCUUCUACCCAGAUAGCCUCACACGGGAUCAGCUAGUCUUAUCAAACCAUCGCCUACAAAAGGAAGUAAACGUUUUAAGGGCCUCUCGUUCACACAUUGGCGAAAGUUUAAAAGAUGUAGCUAGUGAGAUUAGGCAGUCUGUAAAGCAACACUGCGCUAAACAAGAGUGGCCCCCAGAUCCCUCCAAUAUCACCCAGGAAAACAGUGACGCUCCAACUCUAGUGACAACCUUUCUUCGGUACGUUCUGGGUAGCGAUGAUCAAGAGCUCGGUGAAUGCAUGUCCUGGCUUAGCAGUCCUGUUGGUCAAGACCUUAUGUUUGGUAUAACCCGUGGUCGAUACAAGCCUGCAAAACACAUUCUGUUACCCUCAGCAGUCAAAUCGCUAACGGGUAUUUCAUUAUUAUAAAAUUUAUUAUAAAUGUUUUUACAAGUGGCUGCAAUUUAUUCAGGAUUAAACUUUCAAUCUAUUUCAGGUAAUGUUGAGCUUACACAAAUUCUAUACCGUACUUGGGCACGGUAUAUCAUAUUCUCAACUCGAAGAGGUUGAUACAGCCCUGUGCCUACAAAAACUUGCCAUGACACCUGAAGAUGGCGUCCCUCUUCCAAGCAACAUAUACCCAGGUACAAAUACUGUCCUCGCCUUUGACAACAUUAAUAGGCUCGAAGGAACCCUGUCCGGGGGUGGGACAUCGCAUCGUGUUAAUGGUAUCGCCGUUCAGCCUGUUACUUACGGCCCUAAUCAGAAAAUAGUGGUCCCCAAGGUGGACAAGACAAAGAAAAGAUCAUUCUCUGCCCCAGAAGAGCCUCUUCCCAUCUACAAUGUCGGCAAGCGAGUUGGGCCCCCACCAAGAAAAGUGAGGGAGGUUGAUGGCGAAACAAUUCUUAAAGAAUUUACAAAGAAGAAUCUGCUGUUCAUCCUUGCUCGUCUACAUUAUGCAGCCCACCAACAAAAGGUCAGCAGCUGGACUGGGUUUAACAUCAUGGUUCACGACAAAGACGCCAUCAUUCCCAAUAAUGUAGGCUAUUUGCCGACCAUUAAUGUACCAGCCACUGAUGUUUCCACCUUCAACGAAGCCCUCAACCGAUCACUCACUAUCAUGCGCUCGCUCCAUCUCACAAGUAUCAUAUGUGUUUUCGAUCAGGCCAUCUAUGCCAAGGCGUUUGAGGUGAAGUGCAAGGAGUAUGAGAAGUUCAAGCCCAUAGUUCUACGUCUUGGAACUUUUCAUACCCUUGGUACAUUGAUCUUUAUCAUCGGUAAAAGGUUUCUGCAUGCUGGUCUAAAUGACUUAUUUAUUGAAGCUGGGGUAGUGGCUGAGGGAUCCGUGUCUGCAGUUCUGGAGGGCCGAAACUAUAACAGGGGUGUUCGUGUGCACAAACUGGCUUACGAAGCAUUCAUGAGGGUGGCAUUGGAAGGAUUUUAUCCUUGGCUUGACGAGUCACACCCAGCGGACAGUCGUCAAGUACAAACAUGUCUUGAUGAAAUUGGUACCCUGGCUGAUGAACUGUCUAAAGAAAGACACGAUGAUGUUUUCAAGAGCCGAGUUUUCCAGCGUUUUUCUGACCUUUUUGCUGAAUACACUCUUCAUCUUCGGAAUACCAGUGGCCCCCUUUCAGAAUUCUGGAUAUCCUAUAUAGACAUGAUCGAGCUACUUCUUCACAUGAUCUGUGCUUCUAGAGAAGGGAAUUGGGAACUCCAUCUCUCCUGUGUCCGUCAGAUGCUCCCAUGGUGCUUUUCCUACGAUGCUAUCAACUACGCAAGAUACAUGUCAGCUUAUUAUAGCGAUAUGACAAGUCUACCAGAUGAGCAUCCUGAGGUACACGAGAUCAUGAGAAAUGGUGGAUUUUCAGUUCAGUUGAGCAACGACAAUACAUUUGGAAGAAUUCCCGUUGACCAGACUCUUGAAGAAACCGUAAAUAGAGAUACCCAAACACCUGGGGGUACUAAGGGCUUUAGUUUGAAACCUGGAGCCGUACAAAGGUACUACUUGACGGCAGAAUUCAGAACUUUGUUCCUGCGCAGUUUGCGCGAAAUGGUUGGCUAUGCCAAAGGGAAGCACGGCCAUGCUGACCUUCACUCGUCUCGCAUUGCCCAAGAUGAGAAAGAUGUUGCCGCAAUGGUUGAUUUAAUCAAGAACUGGACAGAUCCAUUUGCAGGUCAUAUGCAACUGUCAAGCAUCUCAACAGGAGCUCUUGCCACUACUGCUAUAGCAGAGGACCUUGCGACCGCCUAUAAAGUUGGAGAGGCAGCCUACGCUGAUUUCAAGAAGACCCGUCUCGAAUCACAGCCCCCAACGGUAAGGUUCAAUGACAAAUUGAAGAAGCAAAAGCUGAAAACCUUCAGUGCUUUAUUGAAGACCAAGACAGUGGCAAAGGGCAAAGACACAGAAACUGUUCUGCGCGCUGAUCGAAAUUUGUUUGCGCGGAUGAUCAUAAUUGCUGAAAGCCGCAAUCUGCAAAUGCAAGAUGUGUUAAAGCACCCAUUAGGCCCUCUUCCUGCUUCCCUGGCCUGCAACAAUGGCUUUCUCCGCAAGACCAAUAAGGCACAACUUGGCAAAGAAUUAGAGAAACUGAUACAGCCAACGGUAGAAGUAACAAGGCCGUCAGCUUACCUAAUAGAUGGGAUGGCUCUGGUCCAAAAGCUGAAGGUAGAUUAUCUCACAUUUGGUGAGAUCACAGACAAUAUUUUGUCUAGAGUGUUGCGUGAGGUGGAGGGUAGCGAUAGAGUGGAUGUCGUAUUUGACGUGUACAGAGACAUUUCCAUUAAAUCAGCAGAAAGAGAACUCAGAGGUGAAAGUGAUGCAAUAACUUUCAAGAACCUUGCGCCUGGCCCGAAGGUCAAGCAAUUCAAGAAUUUUUUACCCAAUGGUGACAACAAAACAAGUCUUAUCAGAUUUGUUGUGGAACACUGGCAAAAAACACCGGGCCGCAAGAGACUGGAAGACAAGGAGCUGUAUGUAACAUGUGGAAACCGAUGCUACAAGAUCACUGCCGAGAGAGUAGAGGAAGAAGAAGAGCUAAGAUCCGAACAAGAGGAGGCUGAUACACGACUUCUCCUACAUGUGCAACAUGCAGCAAAUGAGCAGCGAUAUAGGUCAAUCAUUGUAUCCUCGGAAGACACAGACGUUAGAAUCCUGUGCCUAGCGUUUUCAUUUUCCAUUGAUGUACCGAUUUAUCAGCGUUGUGUUUCUCAACUGAACGCUCGGUAUGUGGACAUUGGAAAAAUAGCCCACGUCAUUGGCCAGGAUGCGUGCAAAGCACUACCAGGUUUGCACGCAUUUACGGGUUGUGAUGCAGUGAGUGCCUUUGCAGGGAUUGGGAAAGUGAAGCCCCUGAAGAGGUUACUGAGGAAAAAGGAAUACCAACGCACGUUCCAGCAACUUGGAGAAAACUGGUUGAUGUCUGAAGAUCUUCUGAUGCAGUUAGAGGCAUUUGUCUGUGAUAUGUAUGGCUCAAACAACGGUAUCUCAGACGUGAAUCAAUGCAGAUAUUCGGUCUUCUGUGCAAAGGAAGGUAAUAACAUUAAUAAUAAUAAUAAUAAACUUUAUUAAAGUGUCAUAUGAAGUUCGCUAAUCGGAGACACCUAGCUAUCUGCAUAAUAUUAAGAAAUUAGAUCACAAUAACAAAGAAAUAAAUUCAGCGAUAAAUGUAAAAUAUCUAAUGUAAAUGUUUUCCCGCCCCGUACCUAUGAUAUAUAUUCAUAUAUUCAUUCAGGUGAAGCGGAAUCCCAUCAGCUGCCUCCAUGCCAAGACAGCUUGUACAAGCAUUGCCGGCGAGCCAACUAUCAAGCAGCGAUAUGGAAAAAUUCUCUACGAAACAACGACAUUCCAUCCCCAGUUGGUCAUGGCUGGUCUCUUGUAAAUGACGGAGCUCAAGAGAGAUUGGUGAUAGACUGGAUGAGUGGACUCCCGCCACCAACAGCUGUAAUAGAGCUUAUGUCAUGUAUGUGCAAGAAGGCCUGUAACGAUGAUUCUUGUGACUACAUUCGAAAUGGCUUAAAGUGCUCCGACCUUUGCCGCCUAAUAACUUGUUCUAACCAGCCAGAUGAAGAGGAGGACAUCCAGGUAGACCUGGAUGAAGAGCACGUUGACUUUGACUGAAGUCUCUUGAGUGUGGGUGUAACAUUUUCAACAUAUCACCUACCCAUGAGAAACACUUAUCAUGCUAAGAACACAGGGUACCCAGUUUAAUUCUUAUUUGAACAUACAUUUAGAAUAAUGCUAAUUGCUAUAUCUUUUAGUGCUUUUUAUGGUAAAAACACUCUAAAUUGUAUUUUUGAAUCACAUAAAAGAAAAAAGGGGAAAAAGUAAAAAUAUAGACAAAAAUUGAGUGUUUUUUUUACCGUGACCGGAAGUGACGUCACUGCCACGUGACUAUUUAUCCUUAAUUUACUAAAUACUUUACAGACAUUAUAUCUUGUCUAUGCCUGCUUUAUUUUAUACAGAAUCUACAGCCUUACUUGCUAAAAGCCGCAUUUUAGUAUAUUAUCAAUUUAUGCUAAUUAUGCAAAAUUCAAGGUCACGUGACUCCCUUAAGCUACUCUUACAACAUUUCCAUCAUAUAUUUUUGAAAUCUACACAUGAUAAGCUUUAAUUUGAUAUAUAGUAGCCUUUGUCCCCCCGAGUGGUAAUGAAAAGCCACUUGGCCCAUGGACUAUUACAGCAAUCCAGGCGUAAGUAUAGCGUCUUCUCUAGUUCAGCAAAAGCAGCUGGCGGCUUCAAACAACUUCAUAACAACCUUGGUAUGAGUUUCUGAAUGGCGACUGAGGGGAUAGUUUUCCUCUAUUGUUCUUACAUUUGCUACUGCGCCAAAAAUCCAAAUUUCACGAACUGCAGAUUUUCAUUUCACAAACUACAGAUUCUCAUUUCGCAAACUACAGAUUCUCAUUUCGCAAACUACAGAUUUUCAUUUCGUUUCGUUCCAUUUUGUUUCGUUUCGUUUUGUUUUGCAAACUACAAUAAGCCACAUGGAAGUCCUUUACAGUUACCAUUCAAGUGUUGUUAGCUGCUCGCCAAUCACAUCAAUGUCAUAGUUUAAAGAAUUAUUUAAGAGUGCCUAAACAAUGGUUAAAAAAAAAAACAAAUUUCAGGGACAAUCUCUUCUUCAUUGUUGGUGAUAAGGCGCAUGCACCAGUUAUUAACCACACACAUUUAUUAACAACUGCGUUGCUAAGUUGAGGUCUGGUGCCUGUGAUACCCAGGAGCUUCCACUAUUGGCAGCCAGCUCCUAGAUGGAGACCGCUCCCUGAGUCCCCACGAGGCAGGGAAGAAAGCAGGCACCCAUCACACUGAGAACAUCAGUGGAAAGGGAGGGGGGGAACCCGUUUUAAACUGAGUCACAAUGUUUGUGAUACACCCAUGCUGAAUAAAGCGCAUAAAAGUUGCCGCACACACCAAAAUGGCUGGGGCCAGUUGUUCAAAAGGUGGAUAAUGCUAUCCACCAGAUAAAUCUCUACCCAGUGCAUAACGCAAUUGGUUUCCCUAAUACUUUUCCACUGGAUAGUGAUUUAUCCAAUCGAUAGUGCUAUCCAGCUUUUGAACAACUGGGGCCUGAUCGCUAAAUGCACUCAACCCUGCUAAGAUGCACAAAGGUCCUGCAGCAUGAUGGAUCUUGGUACAUGCGCCUCUCUCACACACUACUGGCCAGCAGGGUGAAACAAGCGUUCCUUGUUGUUAACUCCACUGAAUUGCAUUUAACUGCAUUUAACAACUGUGUUGCUACAUGUAAGUGGAGGCUGGGUGCCUGUGAUACCCAGGAGCCUCCACUAUUGGCACCCAGCUCCUGGAUGGAGACCGGUCCCAGCCAUGAGCCUCCACGCCAAGCCAGAGGACCUCCAGGCCAAACUUAAAAGGCCUGGAGAACAAGGGGCUUACGGCUGGGGGAAAAUCUGAGCCCCAACAAGAAUGCCCAAAUCCAACGGCACCCAACCAAGUCUCAUAAAGGGGUAUAUAACUGCCAUACCUGUUAAGCGAGCCAUCCAGCCACUGAGAGAAUCGUGUCUGCUGGAGUCUGCACAUACAGCAAAUAAGUUUUGCUUGACCAGCAACCCAUAGUUUUAUUAAGAUAGUCAGGAAUUCCUCGGCUGGCGGCAGUAGUAGCGGUCCCAACUCGAAAGCUAUGACCAGAGAAAUUUGACUGUAGUGUAGAUUUUAAGAAGGCAGAGAGCUUCGAUCUAGAAAGAGGAGUGCUAUCUUGAUAAAGAAAUAGAGGUCCAGGGCUCAGUCCAUGAAGGUGAGGGUAAUUUACCAAGGAAACCACAGGGCUUAGAGGGGUGGAACCAUGACCAAGAAGGACGAAGCAGCCCUUUCGCAAAGGGUCUAUCUUGAAGCACUUGAUAAACAAGCAAACACUUUUAGGGUUCAAAGGGGCAUCAACCUGUAUGUCAUCAAGAGUCAAAUGCAGAGAAGGAUCAAAAGGACUAUUGACUCUAAAUUCACCACCUCUGAGGAAGCCAAAGAAGCCAACACAACAGGCAGCCCAUAGUAUAACGUUGUCAGAACGCAGCAUUGAUAAUAGACCACUAGUUGGAUUUUACUAAUUCCUUUUAUGCGAUAGACAAAGGUUGUUGAGCAGAGGACCAUUCACCAACAAACCACUGGUCAUUAAAAAUGGCCCCAUAACCCCGUACACCAGCAGCAUCUGAAGACAUGUGAAAGUCAGGAAGAGGUACCCACUGCAUUAAAAGUAGAAAACUGAAACCAUCCCAGGAAUGGAAAAAUUCUCUCCACCAGGUAAGGUCGAAACGAAACUCAUGGUUCAGCCUGAUCGGGUGGUCAUCCCGCCAAAAGGCAAAUUAAUCAUUCGACGCAAAAGAAAGAAAACAAGAAUUUCAUUCCGCCACGUGGGUAUUUAUGUUUAAGUUCAAAGCUCAAUAGACAGAACGGCUGUACCGUUCUCGCCACAACAAAGUACAACUAAAGUUGCUCUUGCAAAAGCAACUAAGCACAAAGCCAACCCGGUGACAACUGAUGAGGUUCGUGUGGAGAACCGAAACCAUGGUCUUGCCUGAUCACAAACUGUGGCAAUAACAAAACAGUUUAAGGACUGUUAACGGCUUAUUCAAAGCUAUUACCAAGGGAGGAACUCCCCGCUCCAGUCAAAAGACUCACACUAUCUUUAGAAAAACACUAAGCUGGAGUUUACUGAGUCACAAUUCAAUUCUCAAUAGUAAGUUUAUGUAGCUUCAGUUUAAGCUGCACUUCACUCUUAUAAUUUUGGAUCUGUAAGUCACUAUCCGUGAUAGUUUAACAUUCCGCAAAGAAAACUGACAAGCUGGGUCCAGCGUGGUACAGCAUUGCAGAAAAACAUUACACUCACGGACUAAAGAAAAUCGCUUAGUUGUUCAGAUCCAGAAGGCACCUUGGAGAAAAUUGGAACCCUUAUUCAGCCGUAAUAAAAAAGCUUUACGCUUCAAAAGAGGUCAAAGAAAAUGCGGUUGUAUCAGAGGGCAAAUCCUGCCGACCAGAAAACAAUAACUACAGUCAAUCGAUAUGUAUGUCAUGACCUCUCAGUGUGAAACAUGCGGCUAAAAUCACGUUUGCUCAGUAUAAAUGCAGAACCUUCCAGAGCAUAAUCUACCUAGCAGAUAAAAACAACUUUAUUGGAAUAAGCAGCAUUUUGGCUUGAGGUAAAAGUCGUGUAGGCCUACCACCCCCUCUUAUUGCCAGGGAAUCACUUUACAAGCAUGUUGGAGAUGGCCCAUUAGAUAUUCCAGUUCCUUUCUCGUGCAGUGCUGUUUGAAAGACCUGCAGGUGUCCAAAAGAGCAGCAGUACAAUCAAACUUCUCCUGAGGGAGGCUAGCCAAUAGGCCAUCGAGUCCAACUCGAUGCCCAGGACAGUCACGCACGUAGAAGGGCCCUCAAGCUUACCAGGGUGGAAGGGAAUACCCCACUCUGAAAACAGACAAACACAGAUAUCCAGGUUUUGUUGGCAGACAGGAGAGUCAGGAGGGCCCAAGGUAUGGAAUUCAUCCAAGUAAUGAAAUAGAAAUUGUACUUCAUAAUUGUGUUUUAGAAUCCACUCAAGCAGGUCAGCAAAGGAAGAGAAUAUGAAAGGAGCAAAACGUAAACUGAAGGGUAGGGCCAAAUCGAUGAAGUAUUCCCCCCACCAUUUCAUGCCUAAUAGGUAACGGUGAUGAGAAUGGAAAAGAAUGAUAUGAUAUGCACUUUCUACAGCAAAUUUAGCCAAACAAGUUUCCCGACCAUUUGAAGCCUGAACUGAAUGUGACGUAUUUACAAUAUGUACAGACGUGAACUGGCACGUGGCGGGUAAAUCAGUAACAGAAAGAGAAACGUUAUCAGAAACGGUGAACAAACUGUCUUCAGACAGAACAGGACAUUACGUAUUUACACUAUGUACAAAUAGUCAGGUCUCUUAGUGCAAAAUAUAGGCCGGAUCGUUACAGACGUGACAAAAGUGUCAAAUCUGGCACAGAGCUUCCUUAGCACCUACUGAUUAAUACUGGAGGGGGUGCCCGUUACAAAUGAUCCAAAUUACAGAUAAAAGGGGGGGGGGGUUAACUUUCACCUAUAAUAGCAGAUUGGGUGCCCUGUGGUGAGUACUCUUCUAGUUUGAUUUGGCUAAAAAACAUUUGUUGCAAAUUUUUAAGUUUUUAAUUUGGUAAUGUUUAGUUGUUACACUAUUCAAAAUAGUUUUACAUGUACAUAAUACUGACUAGUGCCCAGUCUCCACACGGUAAGUGUGGCCAUGUUCAUUGUGCGGACUGUGCGGCUAUCAUUGUCAGUGCUAAGACUUGCCAGUGAUAAUAUCAUUACAUAUCAAUUUAAACAGAUCACAAAGCCAGCUUUCAAAGAUGUCAUACAAUAACAUAAAACGCAAAUGUAUCACAUCCUAAACGACAGAAUCGUUAAAGUUUGACAUGCCACAUGAACGACCUCAUGAACCGUAACUGACAACACGCCCACUUUGUAAUUGUGCAGCUAAGAUUAGAUUAUAAUUUGCUUCGUUGGUAACCCUGUCCUUGAGAUAAUGAUUAAAACAUUAUCAUUAUCCAUCAUAUCUGAAAGUUUCAAAGCUAUUGCUUAAAACCUGUCCCGACUGGAGGUCGGAGAAUUUUGAUUUUUGCGUCUAAAAUAGAGUGAGGGAAAAUCAGCUCUAAAGAUUUAGCGCGAGGUCCACGCUUGGCUGGUUAGCUCAGAAAAGGCUCAUUUUAGAAGGGUUAAAAAGCACUUUCUGAUUUUCUUUUUCUGCCAAAAUAAAAUUUAGGACUCCCUCAUGCCAAAAAUCCAAAAAAACCAAAAUCGAGCAAUGUACUAAAAUUUUAAUUUAGCGAGACCUUAAAAAGAAGUGUAUGAGGUCCCUGCAUGCCUAGACACCUGUAAGCGGCUCAUUCACUUCAGAGCCCUUGGACCAGAGUGUUAAUGGUAGGUCUAUACGAUCUUUCAAAAAAAAGGAAGGUCGUCGCGUGCGUUACAAUUUACAAACAAUCUAACUUCAGAAGAGCUGAAAUUUACAGGAACAAGGCCUCUUUUAGCAAACCAAUGAUGCAUCAUUUAUGAAAAUGAAUGUAAUUUGUUUGAUGCAAUUAGGCGAAUACCCCGUGGCUACGAAAUCUUACGAUCAUGAAUUCCUCAACAGCAAUUCAGUUACCAACUUUUCACAAAAUAAUGCUGUGGAAAAUUACAGAAAAUAUGAAAAAAGCAAGGGUGAACAAUAAUUGUGGCCUGGUCCCUUAUAAUAAUGGAGUGGUCAUGAUAAAGAAGCCCAUCAGCCCCAACUUUGACCACUCAAACAGAUUUUUGACAGAUUACAUACUGCAAAACUUUGCAUUCACUCAUGCCUAUGUUGCCACACCAGGAGCCUAGAAAUCGGCUCCUGGUCACACCUUGUUUUUAUUGCUGAAUAUCAUUCUAAAGAGCUUUACGAAAUAUUUUGUUAGUAGGGGUGUUUUGAACAUGAUUGAUAUUUAGAGAUGGUGACAAAAAUGAACACAGAAAAAGUCACAAAACGAGACGCAUGAAACAACCGCAAUCUAAUAUUCGUUUUACACCGAUAUAAUGGCUUCUUUGGCUGCUAUGCUGACAUUCUUGAAGAUGGCCGGUAGUAUCACAGCUCGUCCCGGGUUAGGUAUACCGUUUAUUACCAGUUUCACGGUUCCUGAGACUUAGGGCCUGUUAACAUAAAGGUGGGGGACCCCAGGUAGGUGAGGUAACCUGCUUAGGUGGGGUAAAAAAAUAACCCUUCUUUACAUGCAGUCUUACAACCCCGCCAUCCUGGGGUGCAUUUUCUCAAGAUUAUUGAAUGGUCGCUAUGCAUGUAAACAAGAAAAAUGAUGGCAAACCACGUCUACGCUCAAUUGCUGCUCUUGCUGCAACCUUUAGUGUUGUGGCUUUCUAUUGCUACCUUUAAUAAUUAUGUGAAGCCACCCAGCGCCAAAGUGAAUUUUGCACGAAUUUGAUGUAUCACGAAUCCGACCCCGACUAGCCUGGGUUUCCUCACCUUGAAAUGUUGACAUGGCAAAAUUUGACCUCAGCUGAGAGGGUUACCUGGUGUGGCAGACCGGGCUACCCACCUUGAAGGGUGACCCCACCUAUCAUGUAAACGUGAUCAAAUUAAAAUGAGAGAUUAUAUGGACAAGCGGGUUACCCCACCUAAGUGGGUUACCAUUCCUACCUGGGGUCCCCCUCUUCCAUGUAAACAGGCCCUAAAAGUUAGCCCGGCCCCCUUUCUACAGUUUCAGCAGUUAAACCAUUCACCAUUUAUCAUUUGAGUCAAUCUUGUACUACUUGAGUCUCACUUUUACGACUUGAUAAGCUGUUAUUAUUUUUGGACAUGAGUGCUUCAGUGCCAAAUGUAGAGGCUUCAUGAUAAACUGUGCUGUUUUUUGAAGCUUGGGCUAACUUGUUUCUUUUUUUCGUUUAUGAGACCAGAUUCUUUUUUGCUUGUUUUUGCUUUGUAAAGCUUAGAUAAACUGCGGAAAUUGUAAAUGAUAUGACUUGUGCCACGGUGCUUGCUUCUCUGUCAAAACAUGCACUUGCGUCCAGCAGAUAACUGGAUAAAGAGAGACUGAAAGGCAUCCAGGCCUAUGUUAAGCUGAAAAAUUAAUUACCUCCCUAGGAAAGAACUAUUUUGGGUUCUGUCAUUUCGUUAUUUGCUCUUCAUGAAUAGCUGUCAUAAAUCCCUGAUAAUAUGUGAUACAACAGACUCUUUGACAAUUUCUUUUUUCUGAAAUUUUGUGUGUGAAUCGCUAUGCCAUACGCUUUCUUCAGUUUAAAGUGACAUGUAAUGACAAGUAAUACUUGAUAAAUAAGGCUUAAGCCACACAUUAAGGCCUUCUCUAAUUGAAAUACAUUAAAAAAGGAGAAGAGACCCCAGAAGCUGAGUACAUGCAAGUUAUGAAGCUAAGACGAGGCCACCUUAGAAAUGACUUAUGAAAAUGUGGGCGGACUGUGGACUUGCUUUAAGGGCACAGUAAUAAUCAACUUAAGGUGGCUCAACUGGAUUUUUUGGGGUUGAUACCUUCCAACUUUGAGCAUUAACUACGUCGGCAUGAGUAAAGAUAUGGAAAAAAGGUUACCACAACUGUAUUGUAUAAAGAUGAAAAUUUCUUAUGAUCUGGGUUUUAUUGCAAUCGGAGUCGCCAUGGCAACGUAAUGACGUAAUUACGUUUUCAUGUAUCUUUGUGUUUCUCUGUUCCAGGAGUUUUUGAUGAAAUCGCUUAAGGAGUAUGUACCUGCUAUAAUUGCCUCCAUUAUGGUAAAGUUUGAACAAAUUCUAUGAGGCGUUUUGAAAUAUUUUGAAAUGUAGUUUUAAGAAUGAUAAAAACAGUGAAAUGGCAUGCUACCUACACAAUUCCCUAAUAUUUUAAGAAAAUGAUAAGCUUUGGGAACGAAGCUUCAUCUCAUAGUGGUUUGACUCCAUUGAAAACUGCAUACGAAAAAAGAGGGGAAUUGCUCUGGGCGAUCGCGAGUAAGAAGAAUUUUAUUAACUUGCAUUUAGCUGCUUUUGAUACAGUUUUUGGACGUAAUUUGGUCCAUCCCUAAAAAUUUCGCAUUUUUCCAAAAACCGCUCGAUAAAUUUUUUUAUAAAUUCGACAAUCCCGAGAUCAAUCGUCAAGAAAUAUCCCUGCCAGUUUUAAGAACAUUGAAAAUAGGGAAGGCUUUUUUUUAAAUAGGGCCUCAAAUAUAACCAAUUUUCCCCCCAGAUUUUGUGUUUACAAGUGAGCGUCCUCAUUAUUCACUGGCAUUGUUUUCAAGUUUCAUAUACACGUGCACAUUUAGCAAAAAGAUAGAAUUUACAUCAGAAAGGACCAUCGGUUAAAUCUUCGGGAUAUGCUAAUUACCGGGUAAAGAGAUUAAUGACACAUUAUAACAUCAAAGCAACUCUUUGUGAUAGUUUCUGUUAUAACCCGAGUAAGAUAAUUAAGUAUUCCAUCCUACGUGAUGAGCCGUGACGUUCACCGUUUCGGCUCUCACUGCUUUCUGUGACGACAAACCAACUAUUAGCAUAUUCCUGAUAUUUCUUCGGAAAGUGAUCGAGAGUUCUUUUUUAUGCAAAUUUAUAUCUUUUGCUGGUUGUGCACGUGCAUAUGAAACUUGAAAACAAUGCCAGUGGAUAAUGAGGACGCUCACUUGUAAACACAAAAUCUGGGGGGAAAAUUGGUUAUAUUUGAGGCCCUAUUUAAAAGCCUUCCCUAUUUUCAAUGUUCUUGAAACUUGCAGGGAAUAUUUCUUGACGAUUGAUCUCGGGAUUGUCGAAUUUAUAAAAAAAUUUAUCGGGCGGUUUUUGGAAAAAUGCGAAAUUCUUAGGCAUUGACCAAAUUACGUCCAAAAACUGUAUCAAAAGCGGCUGAAUGCAAGUUAAUGAAAUUCUUCUUACUCGCGAUCGCCCAGAGCAAUUCACCUCUUUUUUUGGAUGCAGUUUCCAAUGGAGUCAAACCACUAUGAGAUGAAGCCUCGUUCCCAAAGCUUAUCAUUUUCUUAAAAUAUUAGCGAAUUGUGUGGCUAGCAUGCUAUUUCACUGUUUUUAUCAUUCUUAAAACUACAUUUCAAAAUGUUUCGAAAACGCUCUCAUAGAAUUUGUUGAAACUACGCCAUAAUGGAGGCAAUUAUAGCAGGUACAUACUCCCUUAAGCGAUUUCAUCAAAAAACUCCUCGAACAGAGAAACACAAAGAUAAAUGAAAAACGUAAUGGCGUCAUUACGUUGCCAUGGUGACUCCGAUUGCAAUAAAACCCAGGUCAUAAGAAAUUUUCAUCUUUAUAUAAUACAGUUGUGGUAACCUUUUUUCCAUAUCUUUACUCAUGCCGACGUAAUUAAUGCUCAAAGCUGGGAGGUAUCAACCCCAAAAAAUCCAGUCGAGCCACCUUAAUUAUACAAUCAAUAAGCAAAAAUGGAUGGGAAUGCCAGAUGUUUGAGUGAAAUUGUUGUUUACAACCUGAGAAUAGAAUUCAGAGUGAUUUAAGUUAUUAAAUAACAAUUUUUAAUCAAAAGACCACAGGGCCCCCAGCAGGUGAAAUUUGCAAUAAUUAAAUCCUGUUUAGCACGCUUCAGUGGCAUAUUUGCAGUGGGCACCCCCUCUAAUAUUCAUGGUACUGCAAUAAGCUAUCGCUGGGCAAAGUUUGGUGCUUUUGUCAACUCUGUAACGAUCCUGACCCUAAGAGACCUGACUACAAGGUCCUUUUGACAAUUGCCACUGUGAGGGAUGGUCACCAUGUUAACGCCGCUGGUGCUUACUCCAAGUUGGGGUAGCCGAGUGGGAGUAGUGGAUAUAAUAAUAAUAAUAAUAAUAAUAAUAAUAAUAAUUGUUCACGAGAAUGAACUAUAUUCAAAAAUUGUACACAAACUCUUAGCUGCGAAUUUUACAAUUUGACCGAAUUCAAAUUCACAAAAAAACUACCAAGCGAAUUCAAAAACUGUUAAUCGAAUAAACGAAAAUUAUCUCUCUGUCCAAGUCCUUCCAAGUUCUAAACUGUUCUGACUUAUAUUUUUUAACACUAGAGUUUUUAAUCUCGGUCCAUGCAAAUUUCCAUCACACUUCAUCCAAUCAGGGCUCGAAUGAGUCCCUUAACGCACAAAUGUCUUUCACCACCAUCGCUAGUUCAUUAGUCCUCUUGUCCUUUUCUCCCUCCUUGAUAUGACACAGCAUAUCAACUUUAUCUAUACGAAAGAAGGGGAAAAUGUCUCUAGGCGCACUAAAUUAAUAUAAAUACAAAAAAAUCCAAAUCGAUGUUGAUGACAUGGUCACCAAAGUUCAUUAACGAACGUCUUGCUCUCUCAUUCAUGUAAAUCAUCUUCCAGCUCGCAAUUCCAACGGACACAAUUUCAAAAUAGGUCUGGUCAGUUGGCUCUUUCCCACUUGGACUUUCGCGACUCUUACAUGACCAUCUUUUCCUUGAUAUACUUCAACGAUUCUUCCUAGAGGCCAAUGCCAAGGUCUCGUUCCUCUUUCAGGCAUUUUCUUCUGUUGCUGAGGCUUGGGAUCCAUUCUCUGAGCCAACGAUGCCAGAAAUGUCUAACUAGCUCUUGGACUCUUCUCCAUCUUUUCUUGAGACUGUAAGUGGUUUUGUCUACGGAUUCUGGCGCGAAUUGACCUCCAAUAUGACCUAUCAGAAAGUGGUUCGUUGUCAGUGGUAUAUCAUCUUCAGGGUUUGCUGAUUGGUACGUGAGGGGCCUUGAAUUCAAUAACGCUUCUGCUCCUGUGAAUGCUGUUGUUAAUUCUUCAUCUGUUACGUCUGCAUUGCCCAAUACUGCAUUCACAGCCGGCUUUGCAGCUUUAAUCAUCGUCUCGUGUACACCCCGAAGUGUGGUGCUAGUGGCAGAUUGAAGUGCCACAUUACUCCCUUGUUUGCUGUUGACUGGGCAGUUUUGCUUUGAUCCAGCGCCUCAACCGAUUCGUACAAUUCUCUCUCGGCCGCCGUAAAGUUCGUACCAUUGUCAGAUAUCUCUCUGGGUAGUCCUCUUUGAUUGACCAUCCUAUAGAAGGCAUUUAGGAACGAAUCAGUGUGAAGUCCAAAGGCCAUCUCGAAGUGAACCGCCCUUGUGGCUAAACAAGUAAAUAAGCACAAGUAUCGCUUUUGUCUUCGAGAUCUUCUUCCUUGAAUUGUGACGAAAGGUCCCCCAAAAUCUACAGCUUUUUGCGCAAAAGGUCGGAGUGAUAACCGAAGUCUGAUCUGUGGAAGAGGUGCCAUAAUUUGCUUUGCAGCUUUGGCCUUCCGCCUGCGGCACUCAUUACACUCCUUCUCCCUUUCUUGAAUUUCUUCACGUUCAGAUAUUAUCCAGAAUCGAGUCGAUAGGACUGCUAGCGUCUGAUUCAUUCCACUUGCAUGAUUCCCCUCUUUGUGAAAGUACUUCACAAUCAAUUUUGUGACUUGAUGCUUGUGAGGAAGAAUUAUCGGGGAACAAGCAUCAUGAGAUAAGAACUCUGCAUAUUUAAGUCGACUGUCACACCUCAUCUGACCUUCUUCAUCCAAUCGUGGUCGAAAAGCAAGUAAUUUACUGUUCUUCGGUAGCUCCUUUCGGCCUUCAGGAAAGGCUUCUCGCUGUCCUCGAUUUCACUUGGCUUUAAUUCUCCAUUCUGUCUCGCGCGACCUCUACAUUUAUCCACGAAACGACGGACCCACGCAACAACUCUCGUGAAUCUUUUCCAACUUUAGAAACGUUUGGGGUUUAAACGCCAUGAUGGAUCGUCUUGGUUUAUAGUAAUCAUUGCUCGCUCGUCAUAAAGAUGAUUGAAAUGGUCUGGUAAUUCUGAAUUUGACUUCUUUACUCCUUCUUUCGCAGCUUUUUGUUCUAUGACUACUUUGUUAACUGGCCAUUCCGACUCCUCGUGCGCCAAAAAGUCUGUUCCAGUCCACCAAUUCUCGUUCUUGGUCAGUUCUGACAGUUUAAGUCCCCUCGUAAGUAAGUCUGCUGGAUUCUUGUUGGUUGGAACGUAUCGCCACUGUUUUGGGUCUGUUGCAGUUUGGAUCUCCCCAACACGGUUUGCUACGAAAGGUUUGAAAGAUCGGCUUCUUCCUCUAAUUCACCAAAGUACAUUCAUGCUAUCCGACCAGAAAGUUGCUUUAUCCAAACUGGUGUUCAAAACUCUUGAAAUGGAUCCUGUCAUUCUCAAUCCUAGAACUGCGGCCAUCAACUCCAGUCGAGGAAUGCUUGUAGCUGCAAGAGGUGCUACUCUUGACUUUGCAGCAACAAAUCUUACGGAUACUGCUGCGCUCUUAUAGGUUGCUCUUGAGUAGACAACAGCUCCAUAGGCGUCUUGUGAUGUGUCUUCGAAAGUAUGUUAUGUUUGCGACAACGUUUCUUCCUCUUGUCCUAGGCGUAGACAUCGAGGAACUUAAAUGGUACUCCUUGAACCAUUUACGUGCUUUACUGGCUAAGUCUCCCAGGAAUAAGUCGUCGCAGUCCAUCUGUUGCGAAGACAACAAACGAUAUCUCGUCGGUUAAAUAAACUCACGGUUUUAAUUUUACGGCUCCUAAAACUUACAUGUUCUGAAAACAACUCAUGACAACUACAAAAACCCGACCGCGUGUGAAUUACAAAAUCAGAGUAACUGUCAAUCAAAAAAAUGAAAUCUGAUCACUAAAAACUCACGCGUGCGAUUGCGUGACGCGAGACCCGAAAUGUCUUUUGUCCAUUUCCCCCUCCCCACACUGGGAGGUAAGGAUCAGUGUGAUUGGUCGAUAAAAGAUUGAAACAGAAAACUAUAACAACGAGAAAUGUUCAGUGUUCUAACUUUCGUGCAAGGGCACCAGUUUAUGAAUUGGUCUAACGAUGGUGCUUGCGCCACAUUGGAUCUUAGCGACUCUGAUGUGGCCAUCCCUUCCUGUAUAAGUUUCGAUGAUGCGUCCUAGAGGCCAUCGUCCUCUUGGCAGUUUAGAAUCCAGGACGAGAACAACAUCAUCCACCUUCAGAUCCUUGACCACUUCGGUCCACUUUGGCCUUCUGCUUAACAAAGGAAGGUACUCUUGAAGCCACCUCCUCCAGACUUGGGAAAUUAUCUCCUGGACCUUUCGCCAACGUUUUUUCGUGGACUGAACUCGGUGGUAUCAACGGUUUCAGGUGCGAAUUGACCGCCCAACUGUCCGUGUAAGAAGUGGUUUGGAGUCAGCGGUACAAUGUCCUGGGGUUGGCUGACUGGUAGGUGAGCGGUCGUGCAUUGAGCAGUCCUUCCACUCCAGUCACCGCGGUAAUUAACUCUUCAUCAGUUCGUCACUCGUUCCGAUUACUCCGUAAAUAGCUUUCUUGGCCGACUUUAUCAUGGCCUCGUGAAUGCCACCAAAGUGUGGUGCCCGGGGGUUGAAUCUCCAUGUUACACCUCGAUUGGCUGUGCUUUGCUGAAUCUUGUCCUGGUCCAGCUUACUGAUCAGUUCUUUUAGUUCGUUGACGGCUCCAACAAAAUUGGUCCCACAGUCGCUUAUCAUUUCCUUUGGCGCUCCCCGUCUGCUUGUAAAGCGUGUAAAGGCAUUCAGAAAACUGUCGGUGUCCAAACCAAAAGCCACCCAAAUGGACCGCACGGGUUGACAGACAAGUAAACAAACACAGCCACCUCUUCUGUCGGCGCACACCUCGUCCUUAUGCGGUUGUAAAGGGGCCAGCAUAGUCAACGGCUGUUUGGUCAAAGGGACGGAAGGUAAAGCGAAGACGGAUCUCUGGAAUCGGUGCCAUGAUCUGUGUAGCGGUCUUGCUCUGCAUUCGUUUGCACAUGUUGCACUCUCGCUCCCACUCUCGGAUCUCUUCCGGGCUGCAAUGAUCCAAAACUUCUGGUUGAUUUGGGACAAGACAAAGUUGGUUCCUGCUGUAUGGUUAGCCUGUUCAUGAUAAUGCUUGACAAUGAGCUUCGUGACACAAUGUCCUCGAGGCAGUAUCAUUGGAAAUCGCACAUCGUAAAGGCAGGUACUCUGCGAACUGGAGUCUUCCAUUUGAACGGAUACAGCCUUCUUCAUCUAACACAGGAUUCAACUUCAUUAGUCGGCUCUUGGUCAGUAUUGGUCCCGGUCACUAGAGCUUUGUAUUCGUCAGGGAAUGCUUCAAGCGCUGACAGGAUUGCACCACCUCUGCCUCAGCUUCUCUUAUUUCACACGGUGACAAUGCUUUGCUGGUCUGUUGCGGACCCCUCUUCGACAUGUUGUGGGCGCCCUCCUUACUCUAGCAUGUAGGUUCACCAGUUGGCUCCAACUUGAGAAGCGUUUGGGUUCAAUCUCCAGACUGGAACACUGCCACCCUGACUUGGCUUGUCCCUCUGAGCUUGGUUUUCUUGCACUGUCACGAGGGUGGUAGAACCCUGUUGCUGUUUUGUUGUCGACUUCAUUUCGGGCAUCACUUUCGGCUUUCGGCUAACUCCAUCUUAGGCCACUCACUUUUUUCUCCUUCAUCAGCCAUUCGGGCCAUUCCACCAUAGUUCGGAUUUAGCAAGCUCAGCUGGGCUCGUUCCUCGGGAACACAGGUCUGCAGGAUUUUUGUCGGUGGAGACAUGUUGCCACUGUACCGGUUCAGUACUAAUCUGUAUCUCCCCAAUACGGUUUGCCACAAAGGGUAGAAAGUCUCGGCCUCUUCCACGAAUCCACCAUAGCACGUCUGUACUGUCGGAAAAUAACGACGCUGCUUUCACGGGUAGUUCCAGGACUCUGGACACGGACUGGGUUAACCUUAAACCCACUAUGGCUCCCAUUAAUUCCAGCCUUGGCACAGUCAUGGGGGUAAGCAGGGCAACCUUACUCUUAGAAGCUAUCAGCUGUGCGGACACGGUACCAUCUUCAUACUCGCAGCGUAAGUAGGAGGCAGCUCCAUAGGCCUGUGUUGAGGCAUCAACAAAGGUCACCACCUCCUUCGACUUGACUGGUUGCUGGUUUUGCAGACACCGUGGAAUCUUGACCUUUUCUAGGCAUGACAGCUGUGAGAACCAGACCUGAAGACGAUUAGCCACUUCGUCCUGAACCUCCUCAUCCCAGUCAUAGCCACGGUUCCACAGUUCUUGGAGCAUAAUCUUCGCUUGUGCGAUUUAAAGGGCUUAUCAGGCCAAGCGGGUCAAAAACAGUUGCAAUUUUCUUCAAAACACUCCUCUUAGUAAUUGGGUAGCCCUCGGUCACGGGUGUUGCAGGCACGGCCAAUAAAUCAUCGGUGCUGUUCCACUGUAAGCCAAGCGUUGUCGUUACUGUAUCCUUACUGUCUUUUAUGUCCACUUCUGUGGCUCGGUCCUCCUCGGUAUGGCUGCCAUCACCGUUGCUGAAUUCGACACCCAUUUUCGGGCGUGCAUGCCUGCUUUUGCCCACAAUGCAUUAAGCUGGUGAUACAGGUCGACUCCUUUCUCGUCCUCCUCAACACUGUCUAACGAAUCAUCCAUGUAGGUGGACUGAAGGACAGUUUCUGCAGCUAAUGGGAACUCGGUUUGGUGCCGCCUGGCAUUCUCCUGGGCGAUGAAUUGGGCUUCAAGGGAGCUGAGUUCUUCCAAAAACAACUCUAGAGAAUUCAUACACAUCUGGGUUGCGGCCUGUUUCUCCGUCUCGCCACAGGAUUCAAACAACGGUCGGUCUUCAGACUCAAUUUCUAUUUGGAGGUACAUCUCUUGAAUGUCACAGACAAGGGCAACGGGUUACGGCGGAAGCGGAUCAGAACAUCAAAGAGUUCUCUCUGAAGUUUCGCCCAGCAUGAAUAACAUCAUUAAGAGCGAUUCCUUUGUAUUUGGCGGAACAGUCAAAGACUAUCCUUACUUUGGUUGUAGACUUGCUCAUCCUAACAAUCGGAAAGUGUGGUAGGUACCAAACUUCAGGGGCGGUGCUUCAUUUUCUGGGACUUUACGCAGGUACCCCUUCUCCACAUAAGUCUCGAUGGUCUUCUUAUACUCUCUCUCAACAAAUUCUCUCUUUUUUUAGGUUUUUCUCUGUGCUGAGAAGGCGGGAUUCUGCCAUCUGACGAUUAUCGGGAAGUUGAGGCCUCUGUCCUUUCCACGGCACAGCAACACUGUAUCUCUCACCGUUGUAGCAGACUGAGCUGCUAACCCUUUCUAAGGCCAAUCUCUCUUCUGCAGUACACACGACUCGGUCAUUUAGCUCAGUUCCAUAACUCUCGAUCUCCCAAAACCUCCUAAGCGUUCCAUCUAAAUCACAACAACCACCUGCUACACUAACCGCCCUACAUCCCUUGUAAACAGUGUUCGAAUUGUAUGCGUUCUUGUUCCAGUCUCCGCUCUACCAUCUGGAGGUCCGAUACAAGUCCACCCAAAGCGGACCCAAAGCGCCACCGGUUCACCCACCUUUCCACGUACAUCAGCAAACGAGUAAUGCAAGUCAGCAUUAUCAACACCGAUCAACAAAUCUACCAAGCCGUCUUUUGCUGGUGACGCGAAGUCGCACUGUGCAAGGUGAGGCCACUUGCCUUUAUUCGCAUUCCAAUUCUCCACUUGGUAAUUUCCAGUGACAUUGCGGGGACAGGUCUUAACUUCAAUUUCCUUUGUAAACUGACCAUUAACACUUUCGAUCUCUACUUUUAACGGCAUAGUCUGAAACGUCUCUACAGAAUUGUUCAAUACAUGAACUUUCACGGUUUGAUAAGACUCCUUUAGUCCAAGGGCUCCGGCCACUUCUUCGUUCAAGAAUGUCUCGUUUGAGGCAUCAUCUAGGAUUGCAUUCACUUUAAGCUUUUUUCCUUGUGCCUUCACCCACACGGAACGGCACGCAGUGAGUAGGCUUCUUUUGGGCUUCUCGGGUUGUGAGUAGUCAUCGCUCAUGAGGCACGACUGUCCUCACCCUCGGGUGAUAAAACGGGCCGACUGCCCCCCUCCCAUGGAGUAAAUGACGGGUAGCUGUUAGAGCUGAUCACUGGUUGAGCAGUCCCCAUGGGUGGGUUCGUGGCAGGCGGAUUCUCAUGCAAGAGACGGUGGUGAUUUCCCGGCAACCGUUGAUUUGGCAGGUUUGUGACUUCGUACAGAACUUUCCCUGGUGAUCAUCACCUAAACACGGAAACACAAUCGUUUUCUUUAGCCAGUGUCCAUUUGUCAUCGUAACUUUUCUGUUGGAAAACCAAGCAGGCCCAUACUCCAUGAUUCGGGGAACCACAGCACGGACACGGCGGUUUUCGGGUAGGCUGGCCUGAGCCUGGUGGUCUCCUGGCGAAAUCUGAUCUGACGUGAAAAUUUCUGGGCCUGUUUCGAUUGUUUGAUUUCGAUUUGAAUGUUGCCAUCCAUCAGAUUUCUCUGUAACCGAUAAGCCAUGCGCCAUCUCCUUAGCUUCAACGCGGAUGUGUACUUCUUCCUUAAGCCAAUCCCUCAAACUUACAACAGAUCGCUCCGGCUCUGUUUCUGUAGCCAACGGCUGUACCCUUUGUACUUGAACUUCAGCGAGCUUCUUCACUAACAGGCUAUGAAGUGUUCCUUCUCCAAGCUCUCCAUCGCCCCUCGGCCCUAAAGCUUAACCACAGUAAUACGUAUUAAAUCUGCAAACUUUUCAAAUCCUUGAAUGUCGUUGUUUCCCAUUUUGGGCAUUUUUUCCAGCUGGCCCAUGUAGGCCUGCAGUUGCCGCCGCUGACCGCCGAACUUGGCUAUCAAGAUUUCCUUUGCCUCUUCAUAUUCUGGUUCUGACACCCCAAGCCCUCGAAUCGCUUCCAGCGCUGCGGACAAGCUCUGCCUCAAUCUCGCCAUUUUAGGUUGACUGAUUCUUUGGACUGGUCCACCAGACUUUCAAACAAGCCCCAAAACUCCUCAAAUUUCGUCUUGUCUCCACCAUACGUCGGUACUUUCAAUGGCUUCAGGCGAUGAUUCGCGGAAUGACUGAUUUGCGGGCUUUCAGGAACGUUUAUUUCUCCUUGACUGCUGUGUGAAUUUUGGGAAGGCGUUGGAGGCAAAACUGGGUUGAGCGAACCCUGCAAAACGAUCGGCGGACUUGAAUGAGCGACAAAUUCACUGUGCGAAGCAGUCGCGACAGAAAUUUGAGCGUGUGAUUUCACGGCCUCGUGUGCCUUUUCAAUUGCGGUUUGAAUUUCCGAUUCCAGUUUUUCCUUCUUCCACAGACGCCUGUUUAUUUGCUUCCUCUCCAUUUUUCAAAUAAACAACACACAGUUCAUCCAGUAUUUCCAGUGUGCUUUCCAGAAGCGACCAAAGUUGCUCAAUAUCUUUCUCAAUAGCGCCUUACGUCCUUGGCGAAUCCUUCGGCGUGAUGCAAAGCUUCUCCAUGUGAUGGCGAAUUUUUUGUCAUCUCGGUUUUUCGUAGUCUCUUUUGUUUUUCAGAUCCAAUAACACUUUCUCUUUUUCCAGUUUCUCUUCAUCGUCCUUGUUUUCGGUCUGUUCGGUUCCCGGACCAUUUUCACUGCCAGUUUCUUCUGCAUCGGCAUUCAUCUUGAGCGGCGAAAUCACAAAUCAAAAAUUCAAGCUUACCACAGUGCUUGCGUGACGGUGAAUGAAUCUCCGGUAACUCUUCAAAACGGUCUCUCGGUUUCUCCCGUCGCCGUGGUCGCCAAAAAUGUUGCGAAGACAACAAACGAUAUCUCGUCGGUUAAAUAAACUCACGGUUUUAAUUUUACGGCUCCUAAAACUUACAUGUUCUGAAAACAACUCAUGACAACUACAAAAACCCGACCGCGUGUGAAUUACAAAAUCAGAGUAACUGUCAAUCAAAAAAAUGAAAUCUGAUCACUAAAAACUCACGCGUGCGAUUGCGUGACGCGAGACCCGAAAUGUCUUUUGUCCACCAUCCCAGCGGCCCACAUUUCUUGAAGUAAGAUUUUGGCGUGAAUAAUAAAUGGUGCUAAAAACCCAAGCGGAUCGAAUAACUUGGCAAUUUUCUUGAGGAAAUUCUGUUUAGUAAGCGGAAAGUCUUUCUCCGGAGGGUUGGCGUUGAACGUGAAAACGUCUUCUCCUGGCAACCACGUGACACCAAGUGUUUUCACCAUCGGUAGUCCAUCGCUCGUUAUGUGGACUUCUGACGGUCUGCUCUCUACAGGUAUCCUCUCGAGAACCUUGGGCGAAUUUGAUAGCCACUUAUGAGUUUGCACCCCUGCCUUGGACCAGAGCUGAUUUAAUUCUUCGUAGAGCUUGAUACCUCGACUCUCGUCUACCACUGAAUCCAUACUAUCGUCCAUGUAAGUUGACUUCAGCACUGUCUCUGCGGCCAUUGGGAACUCGUCUUUGUGUUUUUCUGCAUGCGUCUGAGCAACAAAUUGGGCUUGAAACAGUGAAGAGUUAACUCCGAAAACAACUCGAUUGAACUCGUACUCGUCAGGUGCUCUCUCUUGAUUCAAUGUUCUCCACAGGAAAUGCUGAUAUGGUCAAUCUUUUGGGGGCGACCUCAAUUCUCAAAUACAUCUCAGCAGUAUCACACAUUAAUGCCACGGGGUUUCUUUGAAAACAAAGUAGAACAUCUGUUAAUUCUCUCUGCAACUUUGGUCCUUGGUAAAUGGCGUCAUUUAAGGAGACUCCUUCAAAUUUGGCGGAAUACGAUGCGAGUCUUUGUUGUUGUUUGGUCUGGCCUGAUAACCGGGAAGUGAGGUAAGUACCACUUCUUUAGAGGGCUCUUCUCUGUGGGGUCCAAUCUGCGGAUGUAACCCUUCUCAAGGUACUGGUUAAUGUUGUUGGUAAAGGCCUCGCCUAUUUCUGGAUUCUUCAGCAACCGCUUUUCAGUGUUUAAUAUUCGACGCAGUGCCAUUUCGUAAUUGUUUGGUAAUGCAGGCUCGUCAUCCUUCCAGGGAAUUGCAACUUGAUAUCUGCCAUCAACGUUUCCAAUUGAUUCUUCCAGUUUCUCUAGAGAAGCUUUCUCAUCUGUAGUCAAUAGGUGGAACUCUGUUGUCCCAUAAUUUUCGAUCUCCCAGAAUCUUCGAAGCAGGUUGCUUAUCUCAUCUGAGUUUUCUUGCUGCUCUCUAACAAAGUACGUGUGAGUGAAAUUGGUCUGCAGGCAUCCGCUUCUCUGGGUGCUGGCAGAUCCCAUGCAUGUCCAUCCUAAGGGGGUUAAUCUGGCCACUGGCUCGCCUAGUCUUCCUUUGACAUCCUUGAAUGAAUAGUGCAGAUCGACGUGAUCAACUCCUAUUAAAAUAUCCACCAGGGGGUGUGGUCCAGGUUUCGGGAACUGGAUGCCUCUCAGGUGUGGCCACUUGUUAGCAUGCUUUCUCCAAUCGAUUGCCUCUAACUUUCUAGUUCAACAUCAGUGGGCAUAGGAACAGUUUGCAGAGCAAGAAAGCCUGUUUGUGUACCCUCUGCUGUUGUAGUCAUGUGCUAUCUCUCUGCUUGCUUGUCACCAGGCUCCCGAUGAGGUAAAAGAACCAAUGACACUUUCUCAUUUUCAGGUUUCGUUUCACUUUUAGUGUUCGAUAUGCCGUGAGCUGCCUCGUUCUUGUCUGUUGUUGGUCCAGUUUUAACCGGUUGUCUUUGAUCUGCUUGAGUUUGUUCUUUGCUAACGUGCAAAAGUCUAUUGUGAUUGUCUUUUUUGUUUAUUGUUGUUUAUUCCACACACCCUAGUCCUGACACACGUGACCGCGGUGGCCUCCUCCUAGGAAGCGAAAACACAGUUUCAAGCGUUUCGCAGUAUUCCAUCUUUCUUGAACUGGCAAAUCUUUGAAUUUGUCACAAUGCCAAACUCCGUGAUGUCCUUUGCACACUUUGCAGGGGCAAUAUUUCUGAAUUUCCGAUUCCUGAGCAUUCCCAAAGAAUGCCUUCUCGCUCUGAUUACGUCUUGAAUCAACGUUCCUGUUUGACGAAGUUACUCCUCGAAUGGUCUCCGAUGCUACUGUUUGGAAUUCUGCUUCCUGUAACAUGAAUUCCUCGAGGGUCUCAACUGAUUCCCAGCAGUGAUUCUUGAAUAUCCAACGAUGGUAUUGGGCAAGCAUCCCCUUGUUUAAUUUCUUGCAUAAGCUAAUGUACAACGUUCUUUUUCCGAGUUCGUCGUGACGAUUAGCCUCUUUAAGGUUUACAACAGUUACAUCCAACAAAUCUGCAAAUCGUUCGAUGUCUCCCGGGUUUCCUUGGCGAAGGGAUUUGAUAUUUUCCAAUUCGUCGAGAUGCAAUGCUAAUUUUCGCCUUUCUCCGCCGAGUUUGCGUUCCAGUGGAGCUAUUGCUACUUCGUAAGCCGCAGCUCAAUGUCCAAAAGGUUCCACGAUCUUAAGGGCUUCUCCUGAUAAAUGCUGCCGGAGUUGAAGUAAUUUGUAGUCAGGUGUGGCCGGUGCUUGAUGAACGCAUGCCAUAAACGCUGCUUUUCAUCCUUCAUAAGCUCUUCUAUCGCCGUUAAAUACGGGAAUGGAAAUUCUCUUUAGUUGAUUCCACAUAUUCCAACAGAGCGUUGGCUCUUCGUACGGUUCUUUCCUAAAUUUUCGACCUCCAGAGUCGAAUGUCUCUUUGUAAUGACGAUUUAAUUCCCGUGAUGACUCUUUGUAAUCAUCAAACUUCUCUUUAUGCCUAGUUUCGUCCCUUCGAAUUUGUUCUGCGCUUUUCUUUGCCACGCUUUCUGUAAUUCGGUGUUUUCUGACGCUUCGGUUUCCAGACUCGAUAACUCAUCUUUAUGGCCAUCUAAAUACUCUUGUGCUUUCUCGUUCACCUCCAAAAAUUCUAGUUCCAAUUUGUCCAUCUCUUCGACGACUUUUUUCCUUUUUUGUCUGUCCUUAAGGAGCGCGUAUUCCAUUGAAAGACGAUGCAUAGUUUCCAUAGCACGUUCCUGAACAUCGCUGAGUUGGUGACACAUUUCUUUUAUCUCUCUUCAGCUUGGAUAAUCUUGUUCGUUCAGCAUGCGAAGCAAUUUGUUCUUUAUCCGAGUAAAGGAUGAUUUCUGUCUAGCUUUGUCCUGUUUAAAGUCCUCUAUUCGCUCCUCAAUUUCGCCGCUAGUUGCCCCCUCACCGCCGUCAUCCACUACUUCGCCGUUCACUGACAUGACCGCAAUAAACCUCGCUCUGCUACUAGAAAUGUUCAUGAGAUUGAACUAUAUUCAAAAAUUGUACACAAACUCUUAGCUACAAAUUCUACAAUUUGACCGAAUUCAAAUUCACAGAAAAACUACCAAGCGAAUUCAAAAACUAUUAAUCGAAUAAACGAAAAUUGUCUCUCUGUCCAAGUCCUUCCAAGUUCUAAACUGUUCUGACUUAUAUCUGUUAACACUAGAGUUUUUAAUCUCGGUCCAUGCAAAUUUCCAUCGCACUUCAUCCAAUCAGGGCUCGAAUGAGUCCCUUAACGCACAAAUGUCUUUCACCACCAUCGCUAGUUCAUGAGUCCUCUUGUCCAAUAAUAAUAGUAGGUUUUAUGGUGCAUUUAAAGAAUUCUCAAUGCACUUUCAGUAGUAAAUAAAGUGUAAAUGAAACUAUGUACAGUAAUUAUUCCUAAAAGUUGUCAAAUGUUGCUUAAAACUAGAAACAGAUUCAGAGUUUUUGAUAUGAUUCGGUAGACUGUUACAGAUUUUCGGUGCAUAAUAUGAAAAUGAGCAGUGUCCAUGAGUCACCUUAUUAACAGAAGGAAUUUGGAAAGGCAAUCUAUUAGAUGAGCGGGGAAAAUGAGCCGGCUGGUAUUUGAGAAGGAGUGAAGGCAAAUAGUAAGGAGCUAAAUCGUUUGAAAUUUUAAAUGUGUAAAGCAGUGUUUUAAAAUCGGUGCGUGCACCGGCCAAUAGGAAGCCAGUGCAAGUCUUUCAUGAUAGGAGUUAUAUGGUCAGAUCUUCUUGUUCCUGAAACCAAGCAUGCGGCACAGUUCUGAACACGUUGUGGCUUGUCUAUUUCCGUUUGGGUAAGCCACAGUAUAAACUGUUACAAUAAUCCAAGCAUGACUUAACAAAAGCAUUGAUCAUCAUCUUAAGGUGAUCCUUACUCUGAGAGAAGUAGAAUGGUUCUGCGUCACCAAGAGAAUUUGCGGUAAAGACUCACCUAAUGCUUGAGACAGGAUAAAGGAAGACAAGGAUGUCGCUGUAGCAGAACGAGGUGAAGAACUAGUUUUGGAAGGUGAUGAAACCAAAGGAUCCCCAUGUGAUUCCAACAUGGCGACUACACUGUUGUUGGUGGAGUGGCUCAUUUGCCUUACCCAUGGAAAUUACUCAAAAAACCACUGAGAAGCACAAGUCACAACGUUGCUCCAACACUGAAUAAAGCACGCUAAAAGUUGCCGAACACACCAAAAUGGCUGAACGCUAUAUGCACUAGACCAUGUUAAGAUGCACACAGGUUCCAGAGCAUGAUGAAUCUUGGUACGUGCGCAUCUCGCACACACCGCUGGACAGCAGGGUGAAACUAGCACUCCUUGUUGUUAACUCCGUUGAAUUGCAUUUAACUGCAUUUAAAAAUAAAUUUAACAAUGGAAGGAAUGAGAGCCCCAUACACAGUUGGUGUAUGUCUUAUCCAGGAAUUUGCCUGCCGUGUUUGAUGUCACCUACAUUUAAAUUUUUGUGUGGAACCUCCUUUUCCAGUCAUUCAUAGACUGUUAGCUUGGGUAUCCAUGGUCAAAUUUUAAGGUUCUUUGCCAGCUUUACAUGACUCUCAGUUUAUUUUAUUUAACUAGGGCAAUGCAGUUUAAGGAUUACACUGGAUGAAGUUCAGUCCAGAAGCACUCUUAUAUGGGCUGUGUACAUAACAAGGUACAACUUUAUUUUGCUCUUUUAAAGUGAGUGGUAACAAAGCAAAGUACUAAAAACAGUUAUGUUAAAUAAACCAGGUGAAAGGAGUUUUUUACUGUUAGCGGUUACUCUUUGUCCUGACUUUUUUAUGUUUAAAAGCUUCUGGUUGAGAUGUUGGUGUCUUAAGGCAUAACACAAAACGAACCGAGUGCUAGUCAUAAUUUUAAAGGCCGAUUGCCAACGUUGAUGCAAUGCAGUCAAUUAUUUUUGUUUUGAAAUCGCACUUUUGUAAAUGGCAUGCUCUGAUUGGUCAACACUUUUGCCAGCAUUUCUCAGAAAAUAAACAAAAAUAAUGGUCAGCUGUGAUCGCAUCAGCAUUAAGUUUUUCCUUAGCACAGUUCGCCUGCAAAGUCAGUAAAUAAGUAAGUUGUUUUUCGUGGAAGUCGAUGAGUCCAUUGACAUUUCAGGUUUACCUGAAAGAAACGCGUGUAUGGCUCGGUCACUGCUGAGGGAGGAGUGAGACUCUGAAGAUGCCGAGCGAAUGACAAAAUAUGCACGUGCAUUCAAGUGUAUUAUAUACAUGUAAGUCGCUGUGAAGAUGCGAGGAACCGUUUUUAUUUUUCAGAUCUGUAAUGUGGCAAUAGCUUUUAAUUAUUUUCCCGGAGAUGGUGAAGGAAGAUGAUGCUAAUAAACAUGCAUGAUUAAGGCAAAUUUCAUUGACAGUGGGAGUGUGUUCCCACUGGAGAUACUAGACUGUCAAAAGCAUUUGAUAGAUCAAAACAUAACUUGUUCGGGAAAUGUUUGAAUAUUAUAACUGAGUCUUGAAUAAAAUGUGCACCGAUAAUCAAGUGUUAUGAAAGCAAAGAUGGCUAUUCAGCAGAAAAUGUACGGUGAAAAUUCAUGAGGUGAUGGUAAACAACGCUUAGAAGAAUUAUUUAAGCUUACAUUUUUUGACAAGUUUGCGCAAACAGUUUGGUUGAAAGUGGUUUGGAACAGUAGCGCGGCUGACAAUUGUUUUGAAUUGAUAACUUGAGCUGUUCAAGUGGAUGACAAUUUAUUUCGAGCUGGAUAGCCCCAGCCUUUCGAACGGAUGACAGUUUUUUUGAACGGAAAACCUGAGCUGUUUGAAUGGAUGGCAUUUUUUUCCAGCGGAUAGCCCAAGCUGUUUAAACUGAUCAUGAUGGCAGUUUUUUAUCGAACAGAUAGCCUUGGUCAUUCGAACGGAUGACAUUUCUUUUUCAAACGGAUAGCCAGAGCCGUUCGAACGGCUAUUUUAUACAUCGCUAGAGGUUAUGUGUGCACAUGUCUACUGUUUUCUAUCACUGUGUCGGUAAUCAAAGCAAUACUUGGAACAUCAGCAUUUUCUGGAUGUGCGGGGUUGAGGCUCUUCCUGCAGACUUCACUAGCUCUGUUGCUGGCGUUGCUCUCUAAUAAUGUCUAGGUUAACCCUGGUCCAGCUCUUAGCCCCACAUCUUCAGCUCCAAACCAGGGGCUGAUCCGGGACUUUUUGAAAAAGGACGUUGUAAGUAUGAGAGUUCAAGGCAAACGUCCUAGGGCCAAGAAAAUGGGGGAGGGGGGAGGGGUAGGGUUAGGGUUAUGUAGAUUUUCGUCAUUUUGCUUUCAGAGGAAUUUGAGGCACUAUUAUCAAGGACUAAGAGUACAGCGUGAAAGAGCCUUCUUGCAUGAGCCUUUACAAAGGAUUGGCAUAUCGUCUGCCUCAAAUCUCUCGCAGUAGUGUUUGGCAAUCACUGCGAGAUGAGAGAAUCGCUCUUCGGACAUUGCUGACCUUGAAGAGGUCUUGAUUUGUAUUAUUAGUGAAAACAAUUACUCAGCUUCUGCUCUUGUGAUCGGUAAGGUGCAGGCAAUGACUAGAUGGCGAUGGAUGUUCAUCACAAGCAACAAGUGCUAGUAAAAGAUUGUUUGGAAGUUCCCAAUCUGUUGACUGCCAGAGUGUUUUCCAUCUUCAUACCUCAUUUCCAAGGGAUUUGGGAAAUGGAAUGUCUUUCUCCCAGAAAAGUAUACCCUCUACUUCAUUAUCCAUCCUCGGAGACCCAGGGGCAGAUAAAGGGGGCGAGGGAAAGUCUAAACGGGCGGAAAAAUAUGACACGAAGAAAAGUAAAGAUCGGCGAGAAGAGCCCCUGGGGACAAUGUCUUACCAGACCAGUUCCAACGGUCGCCGCCGUUCUGGCUUCUGAUUGGUGCCAGAAAAACACAAGUUUUCUGGCACCAAUCAGAAGCCAGAACGGCGGCGACCGUUUGGAACUGGUCUGGUAAGACAUUGUCCCCAGGGGCUCUUCUCGCCGAUCUUUACUUUUCUUCGUGUCAUAUUUUUCCGCCCGUUUAGACUUUCCCUCGUCCCCACUAUCUGCCCCUGGGUCUCCGAAAAUGCUUCAUUAUCCAGCUUCAGUGCCAUAUUUAUUUGUGUAAUCGAUGGCACUAGUCAAAGCAAAUGGCCGGCCUUGCGGUCUUCAUCAAAAAAUCGAUCUUGCAUUUGGAUGACUAAGGAGUCAAGAAGAGGAAUAGCUAUAGUCUUCUAAUGAUUGAUUGGACUGUCACUGGGGAUGUGUAAUGUAACAUAAUGAUCCUGUGAUGCUCUUGGUGUAAGUCAUCCAACAGGCAAAGAUGAUAAUUUGCAGGGAUAACCACACAGAAACCUCACAACACACACCACACCGUCCUAUAUUAAAUGCCACAGAUGGAGUCAAAAGUACUAAUUACACAUUUUCAGUGAACUCUUAUACCCAGUCUUGUAUUGGUAAGCCACUAAAAUUAAAGACCACCUUUGCAUCCUUGACUGGGCUUAGGGGUAAGCCAGUCUUCAGCCUAAAAAUUAUGACCAGCGGUUGAUGAUCCGUGAUGUUGGAAUGGAAGUUUUUCACUCCAAACAUAAUAGAUAUAGCCUCUUACUCACCAUUAUUUUGGAAAUGGUUACACUUACUAGCCAUGAGAGCUUGAGAGCCAAAAGUAAUUAGCUUUUCCUCACCAUUCUCCUUUACAUAGGAGAUUAUAUGAUGCAUCACAGGCCAUCUGAGGUGGAUUCUUGAGGUUAUACUGGACCAUCAAGGGAGAAUUUUGUAACCGCUUCCUGCUCUUUACAAACACACUUUUACACCCCUCCAUCCACUUCAAAGGUCAAUCGUUUUGCUAAAGGUCAUGGAGGUGACAUGUCAUGUAAUCACCAGAUUUGGCCAAAACUUGGCACUGACAAUAGUUGAGAAGCCCCAGAUAUGACUUCAACUGUAUGACUUAAGUAGCUAGGACUUUUUGCAUCAAUGCUUACAUCAUUUUCUGAGGAGGAGACAAAUACAAUCCAGUGUCCAAGAACAUCUAGUCCUGACUGGAAUAACGUGCACUUGGCAGGAUUCAAAGUGAUUCCAUGUUCUUUUAGGUACCUAAAAACCUCCUCUAGAAUUGCCAAAUGUUCCUCUGCGGAUCCUCCUGAACCGUGGAAGUCAUCUAAAUGGCACACUGUGAGCUUUACAUCCUACAGAAGCUGAUCCAUAAUUCUUUGAGAAAUAGGUGGUGCAAUGGAGACUCCAAAGGGUAGCCAUUUGUAAUGGUACAACCCCUUGUGGGUGUGGUCAGGUACUUCUGGGAAUCUAUAUCCAACUAAACCUGCUGAAAGGCAUGAGAUGAACAAAUCUUGCUAAAUAUCCAAUGUUGUGAACAAAUCUCAAAGGGUACUGGUCAAUAUCAGUGCAAUUGUUUACUGUCAACUUCUAGUUUCAACACACUUUCAUUGAACCAUCUUUCUUGGCUCACUUCGUAAAUAAUCUCUUUUUCCCUCCAGUCUCUGAAGCUCCAGCUCGAAGUUUUUCUUUAAGGGCAUAUGGGACUGGUCUUGCCAUCUUGAUUACGAGUUGUACGCCUUCACAAACCUGGAGGCUUUAAACUGUGGAUACAACCAUAACCUGCUUCAACAAGGCUCCAUUUUUAGCUAAGAAUUCCCUUCACAGCAGGCACUUGAUCGAGACACCUUGAUGUUGGUGGACCAACCCAGGUUCAGUUUCUCAAGCCAGUUUCACACAAGCAACACAUGCUUUUUCCCCUGAGCCACCACCAGAGAUUGCUGCAUUUGCUGCGUCUUAUAACUCACAAGUACUUAAAUUUCUCCCGACAAGGGUAAUGGCGUACUCGAAUACAUGUAGGUUUUCAAGAGGAAUUACACUGGCUGCAAUUUGAGAUGCUUAAACAAGUUCCUACACUCCUUUUUUUCUGGCGAGAACUUCUACUAAAUUUGCAUGCUUUUCUAUCAUUAACAAGAUGGUGUGAUACUUGUCCAAUACACCUGGACAGAUUCUAAUGGACUUCACAUGCAGCCUGACUGAGUCAGCUCUCAACCGGAACUGGAAAUGGGCACAAAGUGGUUUUGUAACACUUCUUUCAAAAUAGUUUCAAAUUCAUACCUCAAUGCCAGUUGUUUCAACUCAACUUUAAACCGAGGAACCAUUUUGCUCUUAAGUUGGUUCAGACAAUGAACUUAAAAUGUUUGGCUUUCAAAAUAAGUUUGGGAAAAUAUAAUGCAAUCAAAAGCUCAUUUAAUUCAACAACAAAAUGUGUCUGUCACCAUCCAGAAAGAAUUAAGACAAUAUGUGCCUUUGUUGAGGUAUCUCCAAGGCAAUCUAUUCUUCAAAUGUCAUCAGGGUUUGGGAAGAAUUUUUGAUCCAGUUAGGUGAAGUUAGGGAGGAAAAUCUCAGAAGAGUGAAUAAAAUUCACAAUGCUAUACUUAUUACUCUUUCUUUGCAAUUAUUUUAUAACUUAUACUUGUAGUGAGUAUUUGUACGAAGUUUGUAUUGUUUUGCACAUAACAGGACACAAUCAAAAUAGAAGUUAAACAUGUUGGUUUAAUUAUUCUAUGUUCUACAACCAAAUAAUCAACAAUUAUUGGACAAGGUUGAGCAAAAUAUCGUGAUUUGUCUGUGGCGAGCGGCUGAGGCAAAUAAUUGAUCUGCGAGACACCGAUAUAUAAUUGUUUUAUCAUUCGAUCACCAAGUUUGUUUUUUUAAUGAAUAUCCUCGUUAAGCGAAGCGAUCUGCCAUUUUCACACAAGAGCGAUCACAAGAAGCAGAAAGGCACGGUUUCCUUUAUGCAUGUGCAGAAUAUUAUUUGCAGCCAAACACAGUUGGACUGCAUUGCGCAUGAGCUGACCGUUAUUUGUAGGCAGUUAUUUGCAGGUCACGUAGUGGGCUCUUGGCCAAUGAAAAGAAAGAAAAAUUUGCUUUGAAUGAUAAUAUUCUUUUUUCCCAAUCAGGAGUUUUGUAAUUAUCACAGGAGAUUCUCUUGGAAAUACUCAGUUUUGGGAUGGCAAUCGUGGUACACUGAUACAGGUAAAUAAAUUUGCAUAGAAGUGAAGCCAAAUCUUGUGGUCACUCCAGUAGCCCAUAGAUUGAUUAACAUAGGAGGAACUUCUGCUAAGAAGUAAGGUAGUGUACGGUACCCAGCACUGUCUUUUGUGGAGGAAUUUGGUGAGUGUACAAGAGCAAGCUCGGAGUUUGAGAAUAAGUCGAAAGCAAGAGAGAAAAAAAUCGAAACGUCCCAAACUUCUUUGGGAAUGAACACAUUUUUUUUUUUUCACUCCUCUUUGUCAACACCCUAUCAUUAUCUCCUCUAUGUUCACCAUACCAGUUAAAUUGGACCAGCAACAUUGAGGUGAUUAAUCUCACAUGGUUCUUUUAGUUGACUUGUAUCACUCUACAACACCUGCAAAAAAAAAAAGAAACAAAAAAUGACAGUUGUGUUUGUUGAAGUAUGCCAUUCAAACUGUUUCUAUGCCAAAAAGACUGAAUGAGGCGAAACAAUGUGGUAAUCGUAUGUACAGAAGGUAUGUGAAUAAUUAGGUGGCUUCUUUUUUGACAAUCCUUUACAGUAAUUUUGAAAACGCUUUCUUUGUACAUGGCAUUGGUAUUUUGCCAACAAGAAUAACAAGAUACCAAGUACCAGCCAUUUAUAACAUGAUUCCUGCAUGUGUUUCUGGCUUUCCAGGGGGAAUUGUUGCUGUGUAUGGAAAGAAAUAUUUUCUCACCCCUUCUCCCCUCCUGGUGUCUAGCACAAGCUGUGCAUCAUGACUUUUUUUUCUGGUUUCAGGCAUUCCAGAUGUAAACAAGUCCAUCUACUAGGUUCCACUUGUAUUGCUAAAUACUGCCUAAUAUUAUAUUUAUUAUUCCCUUGAUAGAGUUUCAAGGCGCAUAUAGCAGAUGUACUUGCAGUGUGCAUAAAUGAGGUUUGUGUUCCUUUGGUGUUGUUGAAAUGAAAAUGCUAUGUUUGUAGUGUAAAUAGCUGCUCCAGGUAGUUCACAUGCAGGUCACUGAAAUCAUUACAAAGUAAACAUACAUGUGUAAAUCCAGUAAGCCAAAAGAAGAUUAGAAAAACUAACUAAAAUUAACGUGGACUGCCUCUCCCAGUUGUGAUACCUGGUUGGAGUAAAAUAUUGUUCUAUGUAAACAAAAUCUACUGAGCAUAAUUGUUUUUCAUUUUGUUUGAGUUGUAUUUAGCAGUAACAAAUAUUUUGUAUGUGUGUAUGAAACUGUCACUUUACGUAGCCACUCAAUUUAAAAAGUUGCAAAUUUGCAUCAUGUUAAAACAACUGGUGUUUCAUGCUAAAUCUUGAAAGUAGGACUUCUGCCAAUAGCAACGCUUACCAACAUAUAUCGGGAAAAAUUAAGUUAUAACAUAGCGCGCGUGCUUGCCCUAUAUAAGUUCUAUUGAGCCGCUAUGAACAAAAUCUUUAUUUACGCACGCCCGUGCGUAAAUAAGAUGACGUGAGCAUUUUUUUUUUUUAGCUGGCUGCAAAGUACAGUUCUCGUCUUUUAAGCUGUAGUGCAGUUUUCCUUCGGAAGAAACCAGCGAAGAGCUGCCCGAUUUUUAUAUCGGCAUUGACCUUUUAGGUCCUGCUCGAACAAGCAGCAAAAAUAAAGCCGAAUUAAAAAAAACUCGCAAGUUGCGAGUUUCGCAAAUUUGUCGGAAGACCAGCUGCAGCAAAUUUCGGCCGAAAGACAUUCACUGGGAACAGAACGAACACCAACUGGUCAUCAACAACAUUUAUGGGUGACAUUUCCGUUUUUAUUGUUGUUUUUAAAUUUGUUGUGCACUUUUGUUAUCUCCGGACAAUCCGACUGAAGCAGGAAAAUUUCUCUCGCAAUAACAACACAAAUUACACAAGAAGACAUAAAUUUAUUACUCACAAAAACAACUGCUGCCAGGUCUCCUCAAGAAGCCGUAAUGACCAGCCAAAGUUCGUAAAUGAAUAUAAGUUUAAAGAAGGAUGACAGUCGUCGUCGCUAAAAACAUGUUUUCUGGAUUUCGCCGAGCAAAACGUAAACAUCUCUUCAGCAAAUCCAAACCAUACUCCACGACUUCUUACGAACAUGUUAGUAUUUUAACUUUAGGUGAACUUUAAGACUCUUUUACUUUUGUUUCUGCUUAGUUUCCAUUAAUCGUUAACGAAUAAAGAAGCAAAUUUACUUUCUCAGUUUUACAGAAAGAAUAUUUUCGUUCAAACUAGACGAUUGUGGCGUGUUCGUAAUCAGCCAAUAGAACCCUUUGUUAUUGUGUAACGCGUUACGAGAAUUUUGCAGUUAAUCAAAAAUCAAGCAUUUUUGUCAGCUAUGUUAUAAAAGAAUUUGCUCAUGCUUUUAGCUGUGCGUAUAUCGAGUUAUGGAUGCACUCGGGAAGUUUGGAGAGCACUCAAGAAGCUAGAGUUGCACUCGGCUAUCGCCCCGUGCAACUCUUACGCAUCUUUCGUGCUCUCCAAACUUCCCGCGUGCAUCCAUAACUCGAUAUACGCACGCUAAGCAUGAACAAAUUCUUAAAUUUUUGUUGUGGCUGCCCCCAUGCUGAUUAAAACUCACUUUAGAAAUGAAUGUGACUGCCAGAAUGAAUACACGUAUUUUUAAGAGCACGUUAGUUUUCACUGACAUUCACUCCAUUGUCACUUGUUGCAUUUACAAGGAUAGUUAUUUGGUUACACUGUACAUUUUCCACAAAUGAAAUCACAAUUGCAAAGCAGACACAAACAAAGAAACUGUAAUCACAUCCACUUGCUGUAAGCUAUUUUGUUAAAUUUUGUUUUCAGGAAGAAAACAUGGUUUUCAGUGGGGGAGUGGAUAGUAAGAUUGUUCAGUUUCAACAGAUUACUAAUAAGGUACAUUGCUAAGUUUGUCACUUUGUUUCAUAUUUAUAAUGUUAGCCUGCCAUUAAACUGCAUAUUGUGAGAGUUAAUGAAGCCAGAAGUAUUUACGUGCCCAGAUGUAGUUACGUUAUUGUAUCAAUUAAACCAGAAUUACACACAAAAAUUGACCAGUAAGUGCAUCCUUCUCAAGAGUACCAUACCCACUGGUACUAUUGGUAAUUGCCUUCUAAAAUUUCUAAAAUGUUAAAAAAUAUCUUUAUGCUUUUCUGCAUUUUUGACAGAAAUGAAGCCUUGGAAGGCCUAGUAGAAAGGAACUCAGAACAGGGUUUAGAAGAAUUAAAUUUUGAUUUUUGUGGUUAAAAUUCUUCAGAAAGGAGAAUGCAGAGUCAGACUUCCAUUCAUUGAAAAAUUAUCUGAAUAUUCAGUACAAAUUGGAACGGGCAGACAUGCAGUACCGAAAACUCCAGAAAAUCUUCGAAUUUGCCCCUACUUCCACUUAAAUGAAGUUGAGCACGAAUUACUCUUUCUAUUCAAUUGUAAUCUUUAUGAUAUUCUUCGAUCUAACUUUUACAGAAACAUUAGUAAUAGAUCCCCCUUUUGUAUAAUUUUGACAACAAUGAAAAAAUCCUCUUCAUAUUUAAAAAUGUCGAUCCUCAAAUCUACAGACUCACAGCUGCUUACAUACAUUCAUGUAUGGAAUAUAUACAGAAACUUGUUCUUUAAUUAUAGCCUUUAUUUUGAUUUAUAAUUUAUAACAUAAAUAAUGUAGGUAAUAUCAUGUACUCACUUAGGAAUACUGAAAUAAAGUUGUUGUUGUCUGUAAACAGUGACUAAACAUUGCUUUCUUUAAAAUGAAUACUUUUUAGGAUGGUGUUUCAAACUGGGUGAAAACUGCAUCUGAGCGUAUGUUUUCACAAGAUGUCAGAUGUCUUGUAACUCUGCAGAGUGAAAAUCAAAAUUUGUUGAUCUCUGGAGGUAAGUUUGUGUGAUGUAUGUGCACAUUGAGUUGGUAUUGUAGUCAAGCAUGUUCUAGAGAAAUCUCACAUGCAGACAACUAUAUGAAAAAUGUAAGGUAAAUUUGUACAAAUUUACAAGUUACUUCCUGCACAAAGAUGGGAAUAUGUUGUGUUCAUAUAGUGUGAAAUACAUUGAUGGAGUAAAAAAUGAGUCGGAUGUGCUUUUUAGUCUCGCUUGCGUAAACAGCGAAACUCAUAAUCUGCCACGCGUUUUCGUCGUAUUUAGGACACAAAAGGGGGUGAUUGUGCCAGGCGUUCCUUGCGUAGACCUUGGAAACUGGGACUAAGAAUCGUUGCGUGAUCGAAGCCACGCAUGUUUUGCCAAGAAAGCUAAGGAAAGAUAAAAUUUAAAGCUUUUCCGAAACGUAUCGGUCCACUAAUUCUAUCGCAUGAAAGAGUUGAUUACUUUGGAACAAGUGAACACUACUGAGUGGUCGAAAAAAAAUAAGAAUCUUUAUUAGCAAAACUGCUAUGGUCGGGUGUUGUAAACUUUUAUUGUAUGCAGUUGGUGUUGUAAUGAGCAUUCGGUUUAUUUUCGGCGAUGAUUGAAAUGUAAAUCACUUUUUUGAUCUCUGGCUAUGAUGUUAUUUCUCUGGAAUCGAGGCCCUUGAAUUUUCGUGUAUUUAUACAUGCGUAUAGCCUGCGACCGCACACGUCUUUCCGGUCGUCGCUAACACGCGUAUUAAAUCAAUUCAAAAACAAACAAAAAGUAAAUAUCCUGAAGAAUACUCGACGUCGAUAAAAUAGAAGGUAAAAAACCGUUAGCGAGUGAAUCCUGUUUCGAGCAGAAUUAAUCGCCUCCUCAUUUCUCGAUGUAAUCUCCAAUCAAGCGAGACUGAACGCCGCUGUAAGAGCGUUCUUGUUUACAACAAUAAGUGUUUUGCUGAAAUUAACGUCUUACAACAAGUAAACUGUUGUACGUCAUAUCUUGAAGUUAACAGCCUUGUUUCUAGGUUUCUCUCUUUUCGUCCCUUGAGAAAGGAAGAGAGAAAGCCCUGGGAAUGAGUUUGAGAAGUUAUAUGUCAUCUUGAUGAUAAACUUUUAUCUAGGUAUCAAGGGCAAAUACAGUGUUCUGUGUCUGUUCGGGACUGGUAUUUAAGCCAUAUACCCAUUCACACGCACAGAUUGUGUUUUAUGAUUGAAUAUCUGGUUAACCAGGAUGGAAAUGUUCUCGUGCAAACUCUUAUCCUGUUCAAAAACACGUACUGCCAGUGACAUUAGUUCCGCAUGUUUAUGGCCUAUUUGUAAAUUUAAACUCCCUGUUGUUGUCAUCCAAAAAUGUUGCAACCUUGGUAAAGUGAGGUCACACUUCUCAGGAAUAAGCAGUUUAUCAGAGCCUCUUGAAGCUGUAUUCCACCCCCCCCCCCCCCCCCCACCCCUCAAAGAAAAGUUACAUUAAAUUAAUAUCCUCCAUAUUGAUCAGGUCUAGAUGCUUGCAUUCUUUUGUAUUCCAUCAAAGAGUUUGGCAGGUCUAGCAACAAAAAGAUUCCCCCAUUUCCUCAUGUAAGUAAUUAAUGUAUUUGAUCCAUCAGUAGUUUGUUUCUGUAGAACUUUCCAUAGUGGUCGUGAUGUAUUCAGCUCUUCCAUUCUUGUUUAUUUUAAAAGUAAACUUGGAGAAUAAAAUCACUUCUUCAAGUCAAACGUUCCUGUAAGAUAAACAGUUCUCUUAAAUACCCAUCCGUUUGUAAAGUAAAUUGUGUCACAGUUCCAGACAGGCAUGGAAUUGUUCUUACCGAGUAGAUAAAACAUGUCACACUGCAGAGUGAACCUUAAUUUUAACGUUCAGGUUCGGUACACUCUUGUAAGUAUUGCAAGUUGAUAAUUUUCUAUUGCGUCAGGUGUCUCUUUGUUUGAUACGUUACUAACUGCUCAAAAACAAUUCGUAGCAAAACAGAAAAACAGCAUAGACAGUGUCUUUAUGUUAUUCUCGUCAUUGUUGAUUGUUAUGAGCAUCGUAAAUGCAGUGACAGAACCCUUCCAAUAAACCUGCGGUCAAGCAUUUUUAAAUUCCAAACCAGCGCUUUUGAUUUUAUUCAAAAGUGCUCAGGACUUUCUUUAGGAUUUUAAUCGUAAGAACUGCUGUUUGACUGAGAAAAGUCUUCCAAAUUACGUUAACUUCUGCAUUUUACGUACGCUAUUUCCUUCUGUAUCUGUUUAGCUGUGGAGGAAAAACGAGUACCUUCUUCUGUAAAGUCCUAACCACACUGCUCUUAUUACUGUAUUUGUAGACUUCAUUUAUAUCAUUGGCAUCAGCAGCAAAUAUUCUUAUGUAUCAGACUUCAACCGGCCUGCAGUUGUGGAGACUUGAACAAACAGGUGAUGAGUUUUCUCUACAAAGUAUGUAGGCAAAGCUUUCGCUUAAAAGCAAACUUAUAGAUUGUUCCUUUUGAGCGACCUUUAUUCUUGAUGGCGAUGUUUUGACCGCGUACUGCUGGCCUUCAGCAUUUGAUGGACACAGCAAAUCACUGAUAAUGUAAAAUUAUUUAUUCAUCUCGGUGUGUGGGUCAUAGCUACAGGAACCAGAAUCAAAGCAUUCAAAGCAAAAUUAUGAGUAUUUUUUUGUUUAUACCACUUCAUGAAAAAUUCUUGCAAUUUGAUUGGCUUAGAGCAGUGGUUUUUCAGCUUAAUUUGAAAUACCUACAUGUGAAAAUUUCAAACCUUUUGUGGGUGGUAGUAUAAACAAAUAGUAGCAUGAUUUGUAUGUGUUAUUUGGCAUAAAUGCCACUCGUGAUAUUUCAAAAUUAUCUCAAAUUUUUCGAAAUAUCACUCGUGGUAUUUAUACCAAAUAUCACUACAAAUCAUGCUAUUACUUAUACAUUUUUUUUUAUUGGUAGACAGCAAAAGCUCAGCUUCGCAGAGAUCACCGGCUCUUCUCGUACAGAUUAAGAAGAAGGUACUGUAAAUUUGUUGUUACUCUCUCCAAGUCCGUACUGGAUAGCUUUUCGUGCCGACACGACAAUCUAUCCGGUAAAGUAUGAAUACAUAUGCGAUAUGUGGCGCUCCACUUUAGAGAUCGGCGUGUUACAGAAAUCGUGUCGAUAAAUACUUAAAUAAAUCACAACUAAUACUGAAGGUAUGAUUUCAGACAAUGACUGUAGCAUUUGUUAACAUAAUAGGGCGAUCACCACAUUGUCUGCAGUGCUAUUUCAACAUGUGGACGCUGGGCAGCGUUUUCUGAUGUGUGUCAUGUGAGCUUGUUCAAGUUAAAUUUGGUGAGUGUAUUGAUGGGUAUUCAUUGUAACGAAGGUUCGGAUCUGGCUCCUCUCCUAUACAUUUAACUAUGGCUGAGGUGAUGAAUCUCGUUUGUCAUAAUGGGACGAGCAAUAUCGGGGUUCCAAAGUAUGAUUCUAUGUCUUUUGAUCCUUAUAUAAAGUCUGAUAAGAAAGCGUUUUUGGAAGUGAACUUUAGUGAGUAGUAAUAAUCAGUUCAAUAACUUUGCCCCCUUACAACACUUGCAGUUCACCUGUUGCAAUGAAUGCGUGAAUGAGUGUAGUCAUGUGGCUUGGUAAGAGACCAGAGUGAAGUUGUCAAGUGUAAAAUACGAGCACUUUACGUGUCUUUGGAUUCAUCAGAUUGAAGAUGAAGUACAAAAAUGACUCAUAGUGAGAACUCCCAUAGCAUUUUUGAGUUAAGGAAACGGUUGCAGUUGAAGAGAAUAAUAUGUUAUGCAUGUAGACUUUGUCAAAGUUUACCCUCCGAUUAAAGUUGAGGGCUGUGUUUUGUAAACACAACCGGUACAGUUGUUUUAAGCUUACCCAGCAGUUGGAACUGAAGGUGUAUUCUUUUCCACGUGUUUCGUAACUCGCUGUUGAUUUAUUUCUUCACUAUUAGGCGACAACUGGACGAUCUCAGGUGAUAAAAGUGAGUGGCUGUAUUUAACUACGGUAAAACUACUCUCUACUUCCUAACCUGCAACAACCUGACUUGACACAAGACAGGCUUGAUUUGUGGCUGGUAAAACGCGCAACAUCGCUAUUCAUCUCGUUUUGCAGCAACGUUGCAAAACUAGCUGCAUGUUUUUUGUUGCACGUUUUACUGUACCUUAAACUGGGGUAACAUAACUUAAGAUCCGAGGCGGACAAAGAUUUAACUGGAUGUUCUGUCCUUAGAUUUCACCUUUACCUGCUGAGCUAUUGCCUGCCAGCCAACUGGUUUUUACAUCUGACAGUUCAAAGCUGAUUUGUUCAACACGACAGGGUUCCAUUCAGGUGAGUCCAAAAGUACAUGACAUGAUUACUGUAAUUACCUGAUUAACCUUAAUUAAUGAAUUGGUACAAGGUUGUUGAAGAACUAAUUUCACUUUGCUAUAAUUUUCAGCCAUACUGCACCUUGAAAUUUAUUGUCUAUCCUGCAGGCAAAUAUACUACGCCAAAUAUAUUUUAAUGUAUAGGAUACUGUGACAUUUUUGCUGCAAAAUGCGUGAGUUUUGCGUUCUCGUGAAGUGGGAGAGCUAACACUGAUCAAUGCCUUUAGAACGUCAGUUAUUGAGUAAAGCCCAUGAUUAAUUGACCGGCGGUUAUUAUUGACCUCUGAAAACUAUUUUUAUUUGGUUGAUUUAGCAGGCGGGUACUGUUUCAUCAACUGGAACAUUACCAUUCAUUUACCGUGUGAAAUUAUGACUGUUAUUUUUCCAUAAGAAAAUAGAAGAAAACUGAAUAAACUGAACGAGCAGGCACUCCGCUUCGUUUAUCAGGACAAAAUCUCUACUUAUGAGGCACUAGUUGUUAAAAAUGGAUAUAGCACAUUCGCUAAUCAAAGACUUGCAAAAAUGUUAAAUACAGUGUUUGGAGCAAUUGGGAAUGGAAACGUACCUACAAGUAUUUCCGAGUUAUUGACGGCACGUAAUUCCAAUUAUAAUUUACGUACUGGUGAUGCUAUUUUAAAAUUACAUAAAGUAAAUUCAACAAAGUAUGGGAUCAAGUCAUGGAGAUACCAGGCUGCCCGACUAUGGAACAAUAUUCGAAAUAAUUUAACAAACACUGAUAGUUACCGCAGUUUUAAACGUGGACUCAAGGAGCUCGACCUUGCAAGUUUAUGGUCGCUUUCGCAAUUUAACUCAGCUUUUCUUAGUAUAUAAGUAUUAUAUAGUUUCUAUAAUCUUAUUGCAGUUUUUAUGUACUAUGUCAUUUUAAACACUUUUAUAUAGUUGUAAGUUUAUUGACCUUUAUUCACAAUUUAACCUGGUUUUCUUAGUACAUAAGUUUUAACAAUUUUAUAAUUUUAUAUAUCAUUUUAAACUCUUUUAUAUAGUUUUUAGGCUUGUUUUUAGUUUUGUUACUGACCUGUAAACUAGCUUUAUAGGUAAGUGUUAGUCACGUUAAUAAAGUGUGUAUGUAUGUAAGUAUGCAUGUAUUAUAUGAAACCAGACAUCAAAUAUUCAGAGAAUGAAAAACGGUCUCCGCUGGCCUUUUAAACCCACUCUCGCUUACAAACCACUUUGCUCCAACACCCCUCACUCCUCUAAUUUGUAAUGAUAACUAGUGAAUGUUGUAACAUUUUUUAUUAUAUAAACACCAAUGAAAUACCAGGUGAGCUUUCGCGCGAAAACUUGGUAUCUUCACGUGUGCAAAUAACAUGUUAUCUUCUCAUGUGAAAAUAUCACUGUUGCUAUGGCUACAUAAUAAUCGCGCCUUUCACACCAAAAAACUAUUAAAGUGAAAUGGUUUGGUAGUUCAUUGGUGUUUAUAUAAUAAAUAGAAUAUUACAUGGCCGCUUGGAGAUACGAAAUUUCACUUCUCGUGUUGAAAAAAUAUUUCACUUGUUCGCUGCGCUCACUCGUGAAAUAUUUUUCGAAGAAAAAUUACGUGUCUCCGCGCGGCCAUGUAAUAUCUUCUAUUAAUGUGGAACUGAAUACCCCAUAUGUAACUUACAAUACCAGUAUCACUAAAUUCUAUCAAUGUUUUCACAUAAGUUUGCUUGUUUUUUGCUUUUCAAGCAAAUAGCGCUCUGGUCAAGAGAUUAUUCGCGCUUGUCACUAUUAAAGCCCCGUGCAAAGGGACGCAACUUUGUUGGCCAACAACUCCCUUUAUUGUUGAAUGUUAAAUGUUGCGUCCGUUUGCGCACCCCUUUGCAUAUUGUGGCGCAAAGUAGUUUGAAACCAGUCAAACGUUAAGUCCCGUGCUCUGUUGGCCAACAACUCCCAACAUUGUUGGGAGUUGUACGUAGCUUUAAGUCGUGACCGAAAGCAAAAACAACGCUUGCAUAAACAGCAUCUGACACCAAGGGUGCUAUUUUCUUCCAGUCUCUGUUGUGUGGUAUCUAAAGAACUUGCCUUUACAAUUAGGUAAAAAUGUUUCAGUUAUUGUUAUUCUUUCUUUAGAUCCUAGACCUCAGUGAUUUGGUCCUGUUGAGUAAUACUUUAAACAUUCAGCCCCAAAGCUUAGGUAAGGUUGUUGAGGAAAAUAUUUUUUUGUCCAUGCGCUGGUGAAUAAUAAUGUAACAGUAAUAGGAAAAGGCGGAGUUUUUAAUGUGUGCGAGGGAUUUUGAGUAACACAGUAGUGUUCUGUAUUGUUAAGGGUUGGUUUAUGAAGUGGUAGACGUGGAGUUAUAUUGGACGAUGGUUUGUAUGAUAUGCUUGCGGUUCGUUGAUGAGUUAAAGUUGGCUUCUCGUGAAACUGAUAUGACCAUGUAUCCCUUGUUGGCCGCACAAACACCACUUAGGGCUCCUGCAAACUGUCCAGAACUGUUAGAGGAAUCGAACGCACUGAUAUUAAAUUUAUUUCAAUAUGAUUUGUUUAUUCAAAAUUUUAGUGUACUCUUUAUUUCUUAUUGUCAGAUUCCUGUGCCAUUCGUCUUGUUGCUGUUAGCGAUGAUUUACACUGGUUAGCUUGUUCAGACUCUACUCAAACAGUGCACAUAUUUAGCUUGAAAAAAAUGAAGGUUUGUAAAUACAACAGUUUGAAGCUACAGCUAAACUUGUAUUAUGCGGUAGUCAAAAUGGGUACUUAUCGUUUAAUAAAUACAGGUACGACCAAGCUAAAAGUAAAUCAAGUAAAGGAGAUGGUAACAUGGAGGUUGUAAUCACAAGACUGCGGGUUAUGUUUCAAGAAAAUGAGUAACUUUUACGGGCCACACACAAAACGUAUCCAGUCCAAAUGAUAUGGUACCUCUUCACAGAGAAAAAAAAAGAAAUGGUUGGUAUUUAGGAAAAAGGACCCGCGAACUCUUAUAAUGCUUAAAGCUUAAGUGACCACUAAAUAGAGAUCAGGUUUUCAUCUUAACACGAAUUGGUUUGGCAAGGUACUCAUUAAUACACGUUCAACUGUCACAAGCUUCUAACUGUGCACAAUGAUGUUUAUCAUACAUUUUGUACGUCUAUCUUGUGUGUGCGUUUGUUCUUAGUUGAAAGCUAACAGAAUCAAUAAUAAUUUUGUCAGUGAAUGAUGUUGAUGAACGAAUUUCUCAUCAAUAUCAGCUGUAGUAUCCGCUACUCCUCCUUUCCUUUAGUACAUACAAAACGUCCUGCACCGAUUAUAAGCAUGAUGCCACACAACCAGUGCAAGCUAGUGAACAAUACCAACAAACGGACAACCAAAUUUUUUUUGUUUUAUUUAACAGCUGAAAACCACACUUCCCCGUUUGGAGUCUCAGUUAUCUGCUAUGGCUUUCCAACCAGAAUCAAAUCAUCUGGCUGUGGUGUGCUGCAAUAAGCAGGUAUUAGCAUGAAUUUUGUUAGUUAACACUGAUGUUAUUUUUAUUAUUUUUUGGCAAACAAUAACCAUGGCUCCUUUUUGUUGUGAAUUGCACAGUCCAAUUCUAUCACCACAGGUUAAUGAGAGUUCUUAAAAAAACGUUCAAUAUUUAAGUCCUGUAAGAAAACGAAAUCCCUCCACUUAUAGUACAUAGUCGCCCUAAAAGGCACAUAUAAUCUUUUACGUCGCAAAGCACUGCUCGUCAAAUCCACACUGACUGUUGCAAUACUGUUUGGGAUGAAAUUAACUUUAUCUUGAGUGAUAAACUACAAGUGCGUCAAAAUUGGGCUACUAGGUUGAUUAGCAGGUCCAGUGACAGCACAAGUGCCACUUAUCCUCGUACAUACUGUAAAUAAGCUAACAUAGGCCCCACCGCGGGAACAAUUUCUCCUCUUGCCUAAUGUUUAAAACAAUAAAUUAAAGGCCAUUCCAUUUAUUCUUGGAAAAUUUAUUUAGCAUGCGCAGUUCACCCUGUCAAGCGAGACUUGUCCAAGCCACUCUCUCUAAGGGAAGCGUGGCCUUGGUUGCAGCGCGGCGCUAUCAUGGAAUAUCCUAACUGAUGACUAUUUAUGGAAAUUAGACUCUCUUCGACACUCUGUCAGGGUCUGUCAUGGCAAUUUCUUAAAACAGUAUUGCUGCUAUUUUACCGUAACUUCUAAUAUUCUUUAUGCAAUUAAUAAGUAAUUAUGUAUGCAUAUAUAUGUAUGUAUGUCCAAAGGGCGUCAAUUAGUGGAUAAAACUGAAAUCCUACAUACAUUCGAACCUCUCCAUUGGGACACCAAAAUUCAGGGAAAAAAAUUGGUCCCGGAAAAUGUGUCUGUUACCUCUAUUCAGAACUAUUCAGGGGACACUUAAGUACUCAAAUAAAACGUAGCUAUCCACAAAGAGGGUUGAUAAGUUUAAGCCUUAAUCACAAUGAUGAAUUUUCUCACUUAAGCGAUGUAUUACACAAACAAUAUCGCAGAGAUAACGUCAGUCCAACUUCUUGAAAUAAUGAUUGCAGCAGAUUCCGAGGCAAAAUUUCUUCGUUGGUUAAUUAUUAACACAUCCCAGCCCAACAUCUAUUCAGCGGACACUUGCCUCGGUCCAGAGGGUGUGCCCUGAACAGCGGUUCCACCAUAUUCUUUUAAAAUCAGAUUAGCUAGACGACAUUUUGUCCUUUUUAUUCGCUUUAUAUAGUCUGGAAGUAUAUAUAGUCUUUAUUCGCAAUACAUAGUCUUGCACUCUAUGCAAACGGUUUACAUUGAUUGUUUGCAUCGUCUUGUUAGCGGUAAUAUUAUUUCUGACGUUAGUCAGAAAAAUGGAAAUGCAAGACUUGAAUCAAAAGAUUAUAUUAAACAUCUUGGCGGUUUCCUUCAUAAACAUCUUUCCUGGAAAUUCCAUAUUGAUACUAUUGCCAGUAAAAUUAGUAAAACUGUUGGCCUGAUUGCCAAACUACGCCACUUCAAUACACGAUGUAUACUUUUAAAUAUUUAUCAGUCGUUAAUCUAUCCUUACUUAACUUACGGACUUGCUUCCUCUGAAGACGCAUCUUAAUAAAAUUUUAAUUCUUCAAAAAAGAGCCCCUCGUAUGAUAUUUUUCGCUGAUAGACGCGAUCAUGCAAUUCCUUUCUUAGUUGAUGCCAAUAUUCUGCCUCUGUCGUUUCUAUAUUAUGAGUUUGUCUCCAACUUUAUGCAUGACAUCAAUAAUAAUAACGCUCCUCUAAAUAUCUUGAAAUUAUUUCAAAAAACCUCCAGCAUGCAUACAUACAAUACACGAUCAUCCACCUGCGGCAAUUUUUACGUACAAAGCACUAGGUUAGAGAUACAUAAGCGUUCUUUUUCCAGAUUUGGCGUAAACUGUGGAAUAAGAUACCGUGUAGCUUGCGAAACCUACCCAAAGAAGGAAUUUAAAAGAGAAAUUCGCCGACUUCUCCUAGAUAUUUUAGUAGAAGAAAAUGACCAUAUAGAAACACUUAUUAUUUGGGCGUGGCCCAAAUAGAGUAAUGGAAACGGCUUGUUUUGACGCAAAUGUGCAAUAGGCACGCAAUACGUGCUAACGUAAACAAGGCAAGUAAACAAGCGAAGCGAGGCGAAUGUCUGCCAUGCGAACGUCUUGUACAAGGUAAGAGGCAUGUAGGAAAGAAAGCUCUUCUAGUACACGGCACUUUAUCGCACUUUUACGAUCUCAAAAGUUAAUCUGAAUCUUCAGUAUUUUUGCCUCAUCGAAAUUUUGAAGUCUGAAGUCCAGGGAUGAAAUCUGUCAAAAAUAUUUGGAAUAUUAACGUCACGUUUUGGACACAAUAAGAUCACAAGCAACGAACCUUGAAACACAGAAACUCACAAACCGGAUCGAAAUCGACCAAUCACAAAUUACAAACAAUGACCUUUUGAACCCGUUGAAGAAAACUUUCGUUUCCUAAGAGGUCCGCUAAGAUGAUUGGCGUCUGACAUUUUUUUGACGAAAGGAUCGAAAUGCACCAAUCGUAGAAAGACAGUUUUAAUUGCAUGUUUCCUAAGAGGUCAUCCGAAUUUGCUGUUUUGUUUAUUUUAUGUCCAUUUUAUUUUGAUUGGUCGAUUUUGUUAGGUCGAGUGGAUAAUCCAAUGAGGGACGAUUAGUCCAGUCAAUCUAUGAAAUUUAGAGGGUCAACAUCAAACUAAUUGCAACAGAAGAAAUUUCACCGUUAUUCAGUCACGGGUAGUCUAAUUAACAAUUAUUCUUUGAAAUCGAGGUGAAUAGUGGCGAGGUAAAUAUUCCUAAAGCCACUAUUCACCGAGAUUGAAAAGAAUAAUUGUUUUAGUAUAUAUACACGAAAUGAUCUCAACAAAAUCAGAGAAGAAACCAUUAAAAAGUACGAUUUGAUUGACAGAUCAGGUCAGCUAGACACGCGACAGUUUAAAAAUAGAUCCUUGUAGAAUUUUCAAACAUGGCAAUUCACAAGUUUAUCACUUCGCAAACAACAGCGUAAUGACGUAAAUGGAACCGCUAAAAGGUUGAAUUGUUUCCUUACCUGAGGAGAAAAGAAGAGCUUUGUUCUUUUCUGUUGACUCGCCAAGUUUAUAGCCGAAAAGGUUUGUUUUGUCGUUCUUCGCAUGAAGUGCUGACAAAAAUGGCGAUUCGCUUCCUCGAGGUAAGACGUCGUCUUCAUGUAGCAUUCUUUCUGGUGUUUACUUGAAACGUAGAAUUUCUGCAAACAUGCGCUUUCAAAUUUGUUUGUCAUAAAUAAACUUCGUUUUGGGGCCAAAUUUUUCUUGUUAGGAAACGCUGAGUUCACGAAACGGCCUCUUCUUGGCGAAUAAACGGGAGUUGUAAACAAUCCAUCGACCACAAAACUCAACAACAGUAAAUGGAAAAACGCUGUUUUGAAUCCUUCGAAGUCUUUUCUUGCCUGGAAAAAAGUCAACCCUAGGAUUUUGUUGACUUUUAAAAGAUCUUUCACUAAGAAAAUGUGAAAAAACCGAGCUCACACAUUAUCCACUCGCUAGGAGGUGAAUAUUUUUUAAUAGUCCGAGAUAGCGAACCAAUCAGAUUGCUUAAAUCACCAAGAUCACUGAUUGUGUAUAUACUAAAUAGCAAUAUACUAAGAAUCCGUCAGAAUCCGUUUGGUGCAAGAUGUGAAAAUUAAUCGCAGUAACUGUUAUAGCUUUUAGCACAGAACACCCAGGUUUGGAAAAAAGUGUUUUCUUAGCAAAAAAAGGCAAAUUACUAUGUUCAUACUCUUGCAAGCAAAAAGAUAAAAAAUAACUCAAAUAACUCGCUUGUUUCAAGAAUAUUACCAACCAGAUAUAAAUAAACCGGGAUUCAAUGUCCUUGCACAGGAACGCCAUGUAGAUAAAGGGAGCAGAGGCACGCUUAUGUUAAUCGCGAAAAUAGCAAUCAUUCUUAAGGUUGAUAAAAGAAUAUAAUAAAUUUUAGGGAAGAGUAAAAUACCUUUACUUAUUUGUAGACCAUUCGUGUUUUGAGGUGAAAACAAAAAAGACUCACCCAAAUUGUGAAUGUGUCUAGGAAUUUGAACAGUUACAGGUAUGGCGCAUCAUCUCGCAUGUACUUGAUAGCCUUGAAUAAAUCUUUUUCACAGUUUUGCCACCUUUACACGCACCGAAAACAAAGUGAAAAACAAUAAAAAUGUAAAUCAUGGGUAAUGUGUGAUUUCUUGUUUUUGCUAAAUGUUCGGUGUGGUCACAUUAAAUUGGUCCUGUUUUGACAAUGGAAACAUGUUGCAUCUGUCUCGAAGCCAUACAUGAUGGGGGAAAAGCUGCUGUUUUAACCAAAAAGGGUAGCGAUAGUAUAAACGCUAAACGACUCAUUGCAGUAGAACCGGGAGAAGCUGUUCGUCAAAAAUGUCGUAAAGAUUUGUGUCGACCCAUGAAGAAGAAUGCCACGUCACGUAAGAAGGCAACUGUUGUUAAAAAGAAUGCACCUGUUAUCAGUCGACGUUUUGUUACUACGGCUUUUGACUACAAAGAGAAUUGCGUUUUCUGUGGCUUGACAGCAAAAUACGACGGGAAAAAGAGAGGCUUUGAUGUUAUUACAAUAAAAACUCAAGAGUUUCAAAAUUCAAUAGCUCAGGUCUGCAAAGCAAGAAAUGACGAAUGGUGGAUAACAGUGUUAGGCCGAAUCGAGUAUGCUCUGAUCUUUGUGGCGCGGAUGCCAUGCACCAUCAGGCAUGUAGCGUUAACUUUCGCACUGGAAAACAGAUCCCGCAUAAAUAUGUCGCUAACAACACUCCCAACAAAACAAAGAGGUUACCGAAAGGAAGGCCAGAAGACGUUGCUAAAAACACAGCAUUUUUGAAAGUUGCUCAUUUUGUCGAGGAAAAUGAUGAGAAGAUGGAAGAAUUUCUCCAAAAUUCAGAGGAACAAGCUUAUAGUGGUGUGUACAUGAAAAAGAAGUUGCGAGAUCAUUUUGGUGAUAGAAUUGUGAUGACUACAACAAAGAAGCAGGCUAAUAUAGUCACUCUCCAAAGUAGAGCGUCUUCAAUAAUCAACGAGUUCUAUUCCCAACCAAAAAAGGAAGAUUGUGAGGCAGAGAAGACCAAAAUCAUUAAAGCUGCAGCAAAUCUAAUGAAGAGUGAUUUUAAAAAAAUAGAUGUCACAAGUGAAAAUUAUCCAUCCAGUGUCAAGAUGUCUUCUAUUCAGUCAGCUUUAGACUUUGGCCUUGAUCUCCUGGAGCUUUUCUUGAGAACUCUUUUUGUAGGCAAGGAUGUUGACUGAAAGGUUGCUUCAAUUGGCCAAGCGAUUAUGCAAGCAGUUAGACCAAGAGUACUAUUAGCACCUCUUCAUCUUGGACUCGGUAUACAGAUGCAUCAUCAUUUCGGAUCUAAAUUCCUAAUCGAUUCACUUCAUGCCCAUGGAUUCUGCUCGUCGUAUGCCACGGUAUUGCAAUACGAGCGAAAUGCAGCCGUAGCUCAAGGUACGGACUUGCCAGGUCAUAUCUCAGAUCAGUUCAUUCAGUACGUAGCGGAUAACGUAGACCACAACACAAGACCUUUGGACGGAAAAGGAACAUUUCAUGGAAGGGGUAUCAUUGCAACAAUUACUCCUGGUGGAAGAAUAAGCAAGUUAGUACCAAAGAAAGAUGUGUCUCCCGAGGAAUUGGCUGCAGCCGGAGAAACAAAUAUUUGUCAUUACAGAAAUCAAGCAGGACACACCACACCGCUGUUUUACAAAGAGUUGAAGGAUUUGAGAAUAGAAGAUGCCUCAGCAAAUCUCGACCUUAUUUGGAAGAUGACUCCUGGCUGGUUGGGGUUCAUGCAAAUGGUUUGUGAAGGGCAUUACCCUGGCCAGUCAAAGAUCGCUUUUCUUUCAGUGAUAGACUUGCAACCCACCGUUAUGACGUGCGUGUAUUCCACACUUUCAUUCAUAUGUGACCACGCAAAGCGUUACAGUGUGACACCAAUUGUAACAUUUGAUCAGCCCCUUUGGUGGAAGGCAAUGAUCAUCGUCACAAAUGAGCCUGAAACUAGUGACCUUAAGUUGGCUGUUCUGAGGUUAGGAGGUCUGCAUAUUGAAAUGAGCUUUCUUGGCUGUAUUGGGCACGUAAUGUCGGGUUCUGGUUUGAAAGAGGUUCUUGAAUUAGUGUACGCAACGAAUGCAGUGGGUCAUAUGCUAAGUGGUAAAGCAUUGGCCAGAGCAGUCAGAGGUCACAUUUUAGUUGAUUCCGUUCUUAAUGCAUUGUUAGUGAAUAUAACGUUUGGUAGUCCCUUACCAGCGACUAUAGGACUAGACACUGAAACAGGUGUUAAUCUUGGGGAUAAAGAAGGAGAACUGAAUGCGUCUGAUGUACAAGCUGCUGAUCAGGACCUCAAAAAGGUAGAGGAAUUGUACAAAGAACUCGUCAAGGACACUACGAAGGCAAAGCAGGUUGGAUCCACUGAAGUUCUUCUAAAGGUUGCAGAAAAGCUAGAAAGCAAGAGAGUCUCCAUGCACAAUCAGCGGACAGCCACUAUGUGGAUCCAAUACAUGAAUAUGGUAGACACAUUGCGCACCUUUAUUAAAGCUGAACGGACAGGCAAUUGGAAUCUUCAUCUCCAAACAGUCCGCGAAAUGCUGCUCUAUUUUGCAGCUGCAGGUCACAAUCAAAUCAAGAUUCUUUUUCCAGGUUAGGAGCUAAACUUUUGAACGCAAUUCCUAACGAAUUUCGUCAACUCUCCAGAGGAGCUUUUAAAAAAAAUUUCAUGACUUUUUGCUCUCGAUAAUGGAAGCAGAGGACGAUUAUGUUGAAGUGCCCAUUCUACAAAAAAUGCCAAAUUCUGCAUCCUCGACUCAAUAUACUAAUAAUCGAUAGGUUUCUGUUAGUAGUAACUUUGAUUGUAAUAUCAUUCUGUAAGACUAUAUACUUUGUAACUUUAGCUUGUUUUUCUGUAAUUCUUAUUUAUCGACAUAGUUUAUUUAGUUACUUUACAAUUAUUAUAUUAUCUGUUAUGACUGCUGUAACCUUUCCUCUCCGCCCGCCUCGUCUAGCUUUUGCUAUUUGCGGGUGGAGAUGGCAAAAUGAUGUGCAUGAAAUAAAGUAUAGUGUGUGUGUGUGUGUGUGUAUAAUUACGUGAAAUCCGCAUACCUUUAUUUACAACUUAAGUGUGACCUCCACAAAACACACCCCGAUGUGCAUAAGAGUUUUCAAGAUGGCCUGCAUGUUGUGCGCAAAAGUGAUCGUUACUGGUCUCGCCUUUCUACUGACUUGGUUAUAGAGCAGGUCCUUAUGCGUAGUUUAAAGGCAAGUGGUGGGCUUACCCGAGGUCGAGGGAUGACCGAAGCACAACGUUUGGCUUGGGUGAUGUCCAUGCCUGCGUGUGCAGAGGUUAACAGUGCCAUGCAAAAUCCAACUGACAUUGUAAACAAUACAAGUGAGCAGCACAAGGAAGCAACGAAAGCGAGACAGGAACGCGGCCAUAAAGAUGCUCAUGAGAUCGUUACUUUUCUCUCUCUGAGAAAUCGGUUCAGAGCAGAUCCAUCAUUACGCAGCAUCACGACCGGCAUUGUAGCAGAGGAUAACGUUAACGCUGAUAAAGCGAAGGAAGUUGGAGAGAAAAUACUAAGUUCGUUAAGAGGCAAGAAUGUUUAUGAUCAUUCCUUUCGAAGAAAAGAUCAGGUAGUUACAAUGGCCUCAAAAGCAGCUGUGAAGUUUGAUGAUGGCAAAAUCCAGGUGGACCCUCAGCUAUUGUUUCAGAGACUUAGUAUUAUUGCCACUGGAGGACGGUUCGACAAUCCUAAGUCACUAUUUAAGUACGAGAUGUGCAGCUACGCGCAUGCCCUAUUCGAUACGUCUCUACUACCCAGAAAAGCGAACAAACCAGUCUUAGUAGAUGCCAUCUGGACUGAUGUUAAAAUACGUCCACUGAAGUUACAGGAAACGUUCGUUUUGUUCUUGAUGGAGGUGCCCUUAUUCAUCGUGUCUCAUGGCAUCGCAUUUUUACAUACGACGCCAUUUAUUCCGUUUAUAUUCAGUGCGUUAUCCAAAGGUAUGGAAAGGCCACGGUCGUAUUCGAUGGAUAUAAGAAUGGGGCAUCCACCAAUGAUUGUACUCACCAAAGGCGUACAAGUUUAUCCCACGCCAACAGUUGCUUUUGAUAGUAGCAUGGUUGCUAAGGUAAAGAAAGAGGAAUUUCUUGCUAGCAAGGUGAACAAGCAAAAGUUUAUUCUUCAUCUAGGAGAAAGAUUGCAACAGUCGGGAUGUACGGUUAACCGCGCCGCAGGGGAUGCAGGUCUUCUCAUUGCCCAGACCGCCAUUCAGUCUGCGAGAUCACUUUCGACCGUUCUUGUCGGUGAUGAUACUGACCUCCUGGUGCUACGUUGCUUCUAUGCGGAAAUGGAUGCGCACGAUUUGUUCUUCAGGCCCGAGCCCAAGCAAAGUUCCAAGACGAAGAGGGUAUGGAACAUCAUAGAGACAAAACUUGCUUGGCCCCUCCGUUUGCAAAAACACUUUGUUUGUUCAGGCAUUGCUUGGAUGCGACACGACUUCUAGUAUCUACGGCAUUGGAAAAGGAGUAGCUCUCCACAAGAUUAAAACAGACGCAUUGUUUCGUGAGCAAGCCGACGUUUUUAAGCGUGCCGUUGCUACUAAGGUAGAGGUUGUUGAAGCGGGAGAGAAAGCAUUGCUCUGUCUGUAUAACAACAAGCCAGCUGAUGAAAGCCUUAACUCACUGCCCUAUACAAGAUUUUGUCAGAAAGUUGCCACAGGAAAAUCUUUCUUACAGCCUGAGAGCCGCCUAUCAUAGUCAGAGGGUUUACUUUCAGAUACAGCAAUGGAAAGGAGUAUUGUUGAAGCCUGAGGACUGGGGGUCGAAAUUGUCUUCUGGAAAGCUUCUACCUAUAAGAACAGAAUUACCACCAGCUGACGAGUCUCUUCUGGAGUUUGUAAGAUGUAACUGUAAAAAAGGCUGCAGUACACAGAAAUGUACGUGUAGGAAGAACGGUCUGGACUCUUCACCUGCUUGUGGAGAAUGCAAGGGCUACAGCUGCGUGAAUUCAGCCCCACCUGACUUGGAAUGCGAUGUCGAGUGAUAUUUUUUUGUGAACUUCAAAGAUUUUACGUUUUCAAUUUGCUGAAGAAACCUUUCUCUUAAGAUUGUUCUGACGUUACUCAAUACAGUAAAUUCAAACUUCAGGUAUGACGAUAGCAGAACAAUUUAUGGCAUGUAUGUUCUCGCACAAUUUUGUUACUUAUUUCAUAUAUCAGUAAUUUUUAAUCAAGGAUACAAUAGUUUAUUGCUACUCAGAUCGAUUUUGUUCAUUGCAUUAAUUUGCACGACAUACAGACAUACAUCUGUAUUGUUGGGUGUCCUGUGGGAGACACGACAGGAAGACCAAUUCGGGUUUCGUAAUAGUAUUUCAGGGCAUAUAUCAUAAUACAAUCACAAAAAAAAAGAUAUUUUGACAAUUUCUAAGCUUUUCAACAACAAAGAUCACAUAAACAGAUGCUUUUAUUCAGAUUGUGUUUUUUGGUUUCUUGGGUGUCCUGUGGUGAAAGCUGAAAUUGUUAACAACUAAAAAUUCGUAUCUUCCACCAAACGGAUUUUGGCGGAUUUUUAGUAUGUUUUUAAGAAGUCAUUCUACAAUUAUAUGGCGUCAAAAAAAUGAUGUUGCAAUUAGUUUGAUGUUCAACUACAAUUUGACUGGACUAGAUUUGGAUAUCGUUUGAUCCGAAAUUUUUCGAAGCAGCAGUAAGAAGCAGUUUGGAUAACAUUUGGCCGCGGCGUUUCGAGGAACGUGUUAAUAUAUUGUUCAAUCAUGUUAUCCCGGGUUAAACUUACAAAUGUGUUCGCGGUAGGCCCACACUAAAAAAUAACACUAAGUGUUUUCGGAAUGGCCUGGUCAGCGAACUCAAAGAAAAACAAAGGAAAUUAUCUAGACAUUCAAUGACAUCAAAGACUCGUGGACCCCAUAGACGUAAUAACACAUCGGAAUAUCAGGAGUGUAGGUGUAAAAUGGAUAAGAGUUUGAACAGAGGAAUGUCUAACAAGUUUGAGAGUCGCAAGAUUUGUGUAGCUGGUUAUCAGUGUGACAAUAGUGAUUUUGAGUUUUGCAUUGCGGAACACGAGUUGCCUGUGAUAAAAAUCUGUUCCGAUGAAGGAAGAGACGAUUGUCAACAAUUGAAACCAAAAGAGACUGAGGCUUCUUUUGGAACUACUGUGAUAACUGCAACACUUCUUUGUGUUAUUUCAAUUUUGUUUAGCAACACAAAAACAAGUACAUUAACCGUCACCCUGCGUGUUGUGUUUUUUCAUCUAAUUGUGUAUAUUGUGACGCGGUACAUGUACGAUGCUGUGCGUCGGGAUUUUGCAUUAUCAGCAAGUUUUGUGUUAGAGUGUUUUGAUGGCAGCGAGGUGACGGCAAGAGAAGGUAAUGAGCUAGUUGUACAGAAGGAAAAUAUUGUUGUGGAGGAAAUAAAAGAGGUUGAAUUGAGAUCUCGUCGUGGAAAAUUUAUUUAUAACAGAACUUACAAUUCCGUUGGUUUCAAUCUGGUUAGUCAAUUAUAUUUUCGGCAAGACAAAUUACCAUAAAAUCGAGAUGUAAUUGGAAACUCGCAUUGUUUUCAAAAUUUGCGUAAAUCAGGCGCUGCAAAGAAAUAUUUAGGUUACAAGCGCUUCGAAACAGUGUACCUUUAAAACGGCAUAGCUUUUACUUGUUGUGCUAUAUCUUUAAAAACCAUCGAUCGAUUCUUGCUCAAAAACUCUCAAAGCCGCGGUUUAAAUGUUAAAGCCCGUGGCUAGUUGAAAUCGUCUCUUGUUUGUUUUCAAACGAUUUAGGAUGGAUCAAAUCGACUUUGGAUCGAUUCUUAUUUUAUCAGCUUGUGGUACGAACGAAACGUUUUUCUUACGAUGAAGUUCAUUCAACAAAUUUAGAAAGAUUUACUUGACUUUUCAUAUGUGGAACGAACUGACUUUUUAGUGGAACGAACUGACUAUAUUAUGGAACGAUCUGACCAUGGAACGAAAUGACCGGUUAUCGUCAUGUGCACUUAGCAGCCUACUGAUGAACAAAUUAAAAUCUUUGUUACAGAAAACACGGAAAGUGACACUUUUUGUAUGGAAGAGUAUUCGGAAAAAUACACCAUUGUCGUCUGAAAUUCAUUGUUACGUUAGAAAUAGAAAGGGUUUACACUUAAACAGGAACAGAAGUAACUGUAACAAUGUGAGGUUUUUACUUAAGGGGCAACUCCAAAACUAGUUCGUAAACGAGGGAAGGUAUAUCUGUCGUCUAAGCAUCAAAGCACAGGCGAUUUAGGAGGAAUGAGACAUCCAAAUAGGCUUUUAAGUAAGAAUUUGCCCCUCUGUACAUGCAAUUAUCCAUUUUAUAGUGCUUACAAGAGUUUGAAUCACCGGGUUAAUUUUGGCCAGUUUAAGCUUUGUGCUGAUAUAGAGAAGAAUCCAGGACCUUCAGUUUAUGGAGAUGCUACAAAAACAAUUAAUGCUCCAUACUGUCAAGGAAAUGUUACAGUAUUUGGGGAAAAUGCUGGACAACAAUGUGUCGCAAUGAGUCUGUCCGCUUUAAUUUACAGUAAGAUGAUGAUAUGGCUCAAAUAAUAAUUGUUGGUAUUCAAUUAUAUUCUCGUCUGUUACUGCUUGCAAGACAAUCUAUGUUAAUGUUACAGAAUUGCAGGAAUGGUUACGGUGUUUGAGCAAUUUUUCCACCUUGAAUACAGUGGCAGUUAUACUUGUAACAUCCAUCACUACUGUACAUGCCACUCACAGAGUACUGCAUUUGAAACACUGUUGGCACUGAACUACAACUCAUUCGUUUUAACGGUGGCAAUUAUUGGUGUUGGUAUCUACAGCAUUGAGGCUGGGGGAUAUUAUACACUUAAUGUCAGUUCCCGAGGGAAACAGUUAGUUUUGUUUUCCUGAGAGUCCUGAUGUUUUCCGAGACGAAGUCGAGGGAAAACAAAACUAACUGUUUCCCGAGGGAACUGACAUUAAGUGUUUUGUUAUAUUCCCAGACUUUUACUUCAACAGUGACAAAGAAGUAAGAACGAAUGGAAAUAAUGUUAGUACUUCAAAGGGCACAUUUAAUUCAAAUCUGUAAAUGAAUUACUUAGCACAAAGUAUAUGAACAAGUAGUUUCUGGACUUAAAAGCUCAAUAUUGAGAUAAGCUCAAAGAGAAUCACUUGGAAUUACCUUGAUAAAAGUUUAUAGUAACGGUUGCUCCUGAAAAUGCGCCUGCGUUAAAGUUAACCGUUUCCUGGCUUUGCGAUGCGAAAUUUUGCAUCGUGAUGGGUGAUCUUGGCACUGUGUUUCCGACUAAAGGACAAUCUGCCUCUGCAGUUUGCUCUUGCCUCUCUAAACUUUCAAAACAUGCAGUACUGAGUGAAUGGGAAAUUUCGUUUUGUUUAACCUCAGAAAGGCGCCUUGAAUAAGAGCGAAUGCUGCUCUCAGACUUGUGGCCAGAAACACGCAUUAUAUGGCGGGCCUCAAAAUUACACUCGUCUAAUAACGAUACGGCAGUUUCCCUAAUACAAUGAUUGGUGUACUGAUAAGACAAUUGUAUUUCCUUUGAAAUGGAACUCAUUAACGUAGCUAGCGUAUUUUUUCCGAGAGGAGCAUUACAAUACCAAACUUCAUCACUUUCGCUAAAACUUUCACGCACCUUCGGCCUUUGCCACAAACACGACAAACUAGGAUUAAGCUUUGAUAAAUACAGUUCAAAAGUUUUUACUGGACAGUACGGACUAUUCGGUCUUUCAUACAUACGGCCUUCACCUGGAGAAUCAUCUGGUUGACAGCAGAACUGCAGAAGGUAAAAACGGAUUUAGACUCAAAAGCAGAUAACGCCACUGUCGAUGCGCUGAAGGAUGAAAUCGAAGAAUUACAAAACAGGUCAAGAAGGAACAACUUAGUCUUCUACAAUAUACCAGAGAAAGCCGAAAAAGGAGAUUGCAUCUCUUUUGUACAGGAUUUUAUUACGCAGCAUAUGGGCCUUGAAACGUUAUGUGGCCAUGUUGAGCUGGAGAGGGCACACCGCACGCCAAGUAAAACGUCUUCUGCUGGUGAAAAGGGUCCCAGACCAAUGCACGUCGCUUUUCUUCGAUACACGGAUAAGAUGAAGGUACUAAGGAAUGCCGCCGCUCGUCUAAAGGAUAACCCGUUAAACGGAAAUGCCAUCGGUAUAAGUGAGGAUUUCGCCAAAAAAACCCAACGGCGGAGGCAAGAGCUCGUGCCCUACAGAAAGUUUCUAAAGAAGAAACUCGGAGACGACCGGAAAGUCUACAUCACAUAUCCUGCAAUACUCAAAUAUGUCGAUGCCAAUGGCCGUCACAGAAUCGUAGGAACAGAAGAACUAGCAAAACUACGCCAUGAAAUGGAAGAGGCAAAGAGUUAACCUAGCAACGCCGUCGGAGUGAUACUGACCAACAACAACUUUAAUCUCACAUUCUACCCAUUGUUGGAGUUAAAAGAACUUCACAGGCAAUGCCUUUAAUUUGUUUCAUAAAAGGUAAUUUUCGCUUUUAUGUUGUAAGUGAUGCAAUGUUUUCUCCAGGCUUUAGCUUAAGAAGGCUUCUGUAUUGUGAAACUAUUAAGAUAUCGAUAUUUAUUCGUUAAUAUGAAUAAGUUAACUUUUAUUACGUUAAAUGUUAGGGGUUUAAAUAGUUCAAGAAAACGAAGAGCUAUUUUUCGGCAACUGCACGUUAACAAGUACUCAAUAAUUUUCUUGCAAGAGACAUAUAACUCUACUGACCAAGAAAAAUUAUGGAGUAACGAGUGGGUAGUAAAGUGUACUUCUGUCAUGGAAGUAAACACCGCAAAGGAGUAGCAAUUCUGUUUAAUCCUCGACUCAAAGUGCUAGUAGAAAAUGAAAUUUGUUGUGAAAACGGCAGGAUUCUUAUCCUGCAGUUUUCUAUAGAUGAUCAGAAAUUUAUUUGUGCCAAUAUUUACGCACCCAAUAAUGAUAACGCGCAAAUUAUAUUUUUUAAACAACUCAGAUCUUUACUUGAACAGUUUCCCAACGACAACAUUAUAGUAGGUGGCGAUUUUAAUUGCCCUCUUUCCAAAACCGAUAAAGAAGGAGGACGUGAUGUUUCGUCAAGAAGGAAUGUCGCCAGUGAGAUCGAGCAACUGAUGUGUAUUUUAGAUUUAGACGACGUAUGGAGAACGCUACAUCCAGAAGAAAAACAAUUUACUUGGCGAACAUCUGACUUGAAAAUAAAAUGCAGAUUAGAUUAUUGGCUAAUAGCCCGUCAACUAUUACAAAAUUCCCCCUUGCAGAAAUGUGAAAUCAAGCACGCUGCACAUUGCGAUCACUCUUUAGUGACGUUGGAAUUGCCAAUUAAUGAGAAAUACCCAAGAGGACCUGGAUUCUGGAAAUUCAAUUCCUCUCUCUUAGAAGAUGAUGAAUAUGCAGAAAAAUUAAUGUUUAAAAUUCCGCACUUUAUAAACAAGUAUCAGGAUCUUGAAGAUCACGGACUCUUAUGGGAGUUGAUUAAAAUGAAAAUAAGGGCGUUCACAAUUAGUUAUUCAAAACAAAAAGCUAAAAUGAAAAAAGAUUAUGAAAAAGAUCUCGUACAGGAAGUCUCAAGACUGGGAAAUAUGGGUGAAAACUGCCCAUCAGCAGAAGCCGUCCAGAGAUACAUUAAAGUUAAGAACGAAUUGGAUAAGAUUUCCUACGACCGGGCAAGAGGAGCAUGUGUGCGCUCCAAGGCCCGUUGGCAUGAGUUCGGCGAACGAAGUUCGAAAUAUUUUCUUAAUCUUGAGAGACGAAAUUAUGAAAAUUAAUGCAUUACCAGCCUUAUACAAGAAAACGGAAGCAGUAUCACGGACCCAAAGGAAAUCCUAAAAGAACAAAAAAGAUUUUAUCAAUCCUUAUAUUCCUCGCAAAAUCCUCAAGUAAACGAUCGUAAAUUCAAAGUGUUCUUCGAUAAUGACAAGGUAGAAAAGCUGAAUGAUGAACAAAGAAAGAACUGCGAAGGCUUGCUGACGGAGAAUGAGUGCUGGAAUGCUUUAAAGUGUUUCCAAAAAAACAAAUCCCCUGGCAAUGACGGUUUUACUGCCGAAUAUUACAGCUUUUUCUGGAGUCAAUUAGGCAAGAUAAUGGUAAACAGUUUUAAUUAUGGAUUCCAUAAAGGUGAGCUGUCAAUUUCUCAAAGACAAAGCAUCAUACGUCUUAUUCCAAAAAAGAACAAAAAUUUAUUGUAUCUUAAAAAUUGGAGACCUAUUUCACUUUUAAAUGUGGAUUAUAAGAUUACCUCUAAAGCUUUAGCUCUCAGACUAAAAAAGGUUCUAUCGGCAGUUAUAAAUAACACACAAACUGGUUACGUAGAGGGAAGAUUUAUCGGUGAAAACAUCAGACUUAUAAGCGACAUCCUCAAUUUCACCGUUGACCAGGACAUAGAGGGAAUUGCUUUAUUCAUCGAUUUUGAAAAAGCAUUCGAUAGUUUAGAAUGGGAGUACCUAUUUAAAGCUCUAGAUACCUUUCAAUUUGGACCCGACUUUAAGACUUGGGUGAAAACUCUGUACACAAACAUUUCUAGCUGCAUAAUAAACAACGGCUUCGCCUCCGAGUCAUUUACUUUAAAGAGAGGAGUAAGACAAGGCUGUCCUUUGUCUGGCUUGUUGUUCAUUUUAGCCGCAGAAUUACUGUCUUGCUCAAUAAGAGCUGAUGAACAUAUAAAGGGAAUUCGAGUCCUAAACAAAGAAAUAAAAUUAUCUCAAUAUGCCGAUGACACCACCUCCUUUUGCAAAGAUAAAGAGUCGCUUGGGAAACUGUUAGAGUUAUUAGACCUAUUUAAAGAUUGCAGCGGUUUAAAGCUUAACCAAAGUAAAUCUGAAGCAAUGUGGCUUGGAAAAAACGCAAAUAGGACUGAUACACUAUUUGGAGUUCAGUGGCCACAAAGGCCUAUCUCCGCCUUAGGGAUAUCAUUCUCUUACAAUCUAAAACUUUGCGAACAGGAAAAUUUUUCACAAAAGAUAUGUAAAAUUCAAAAGCUGUUUAAUAUAUGGUCUCAAAGAGAUCUCUCACUUUAUGGCAAGAUAACAAUCGCCAAAACAUUAGGGCUAUCGAAACUUAUCUUUAUAAGUUCGUGCAUACAUACACCGCCUCAUUAUAUAGAUAUCACUAAUAGAUUGAUUACAGAUUUUGUCUGGAAUAACAAGAAACCAAAGAUAAAAAGGGAUACUCUUAUAGGUCCAAAAGAAAGAGGAGGGCUGGAUUUACCAGAAUUUGAGACUAUAUCCAAGUCGUUACAAAGUGCUUGGGUUCAAAGAAUGAAGAAUGGUGUAGAGGAUCAGUGGAUGUUAAUUCCUUUAUUUUAUUUGAAAAAUGUUGGAGGGCCACUUAUUUUUGAUUGUGAUUAUGAUGUAAAAUUUCUAGGCCUAAACAACUUACCAAUAUUUUACGCUGAUGUUCUUAACACUUGGGCGGAAGUCCGAGAGCAAACUUCGGACAAUGAAAUCUGUGUUGAGAAUGUAAUCUUAUGGAAUAAUAAGCAUAUUUUAAUAGACGGUAAAUCAGUAUAUUGGAAAGAAUGGCAUGAAGCUGGUAUACUUAGAAUUAAAGACCUACUAGAUGAAAAAAAAACAGAUUCCUCACACUUAAUAAGUUUCUUUUAAAAAACUGGCCUCAAGGCGCCUUUCACUAAGUUUUUGGUUUAAUAUCAGCUAUACCUUAUAGAUGGAAGUGCGCUUUGAGACCGGGAUUUAUCAUGAACAAUCAAGAUAUGGAACAAAAAUACAACUAAGGAAAUUAACGUGGUUACUAGCAAGAAGGUUCGCAAUAUACUUGUUCAAAGGAAAUUUGUAGAACCGUUGGCUAGCCUUCGACUAUGCAGGCAAGGAUUGGACAGUUCCAAACUUAGUUCUAUUUAUAUGCUUCCAUUUAAAAUAACUAAAGAAACAAAAUUAAGCAUAUUUCAAUAUAAGAUUGUUCAUAAUAUUCUUCCACAUGGGGUUCUGUUACACAGAAUGAAAAUCGUAAACUCUCCUCUCUGCAUACAUUGUGAUUCCCUAGAAACGCUCUCCCAUAUGCUAGUUAACUGUAUAGUAAUUCAAAAGUUUUGGUUUGAAGUAAUUAGCUGGUGGAAAACUCACAGUGGUGAAUGUUUGCUAUUUGAUGACUUAAGUAUAAUGUAUGGCUAUAAUCCCGAAGAUCCUAAAAGGCAAAUCCUUAACUAUUAUAUCCUUCUUGGCAAGAGACAUAUCUUCCUGCAAAGGAGCGAAAUUAAACCCCCAAGCUUUGAUCACUUUCUUGAAUUCGUUAAAGACAAGUUAAUUGUGCAAAGAUCGAUUUUUUAUUCCAAAGGACAAAAAGCAAAAUUUCUUUCACAAUGGAAGCCUCUCCUCUCCUUACUGUAAAUGAUUAUAAUCUAAUCUACGUAUGCGUGAAGCAAGCCUGGUUGCAGUGUAUGUUGUAUUAAUCGUUGGAAUCUUAAUUCUUAAUUGUAAUUUUUUGUAACCUUAAAUUUUGUAGUGAAAGUGUUGUAAGUGAUGUAGUGGUAAUAAAGAUCUCUGUUAAUAAAAAAAAAAUAAAAUAAAAUAAAAAAAAAAUCUGGUUGAUCCUUUCCCCUGUGAUUUUUGUCCAGUUCAUCAAGUGCUUGAUAUACAUACUUCUUACCAGUUGCAUCAGCCUGCACGGCAAACGUCUGUUUUGUAAGAAGACGGAGAUUUUCUCUCCCGCGGCGAAUUAGGUGGAACAUGAGAUUAAACCAAACCACUUGCUGGAGGGAUUUAGGAUCUGGAGAGGAUGGAUUGUAGCAAGACUGAAUUUUUUCUAGAUCUUCCUUUGAUAUCGGCCUGUGGUGAUCAACUCUGCCAAAUCCUUGCCGCCUUAACUCGACAACUGCCGUCUCAUAAACUUGAUUUGAUUUGGAAAACUCGCCGUCAUUAAUGAUGUCAAAAUCUCUUUUCAGUAGAAAGUGCCUUUGCAGACCAAAUCGUAGUCCCAUCAAGGCAGUCUUUUUGUAGUUUUCUCCAUUCUUUUUCCGGGCAUUCGGCCAGAAAUUCGUUAGAAGUUCAUUCAGUUCGUUCUUCGACAUUUUCUCCAGGGACUCUGUGUUUUUCACGGGUUCUUCAGGCGUAACUUCAUUACAGAAUGCUAGAAAAGUAGCAACGGCAUUUUUAGUCGCUCUCCUUGUAUUUUCGGAAUCCUUGGCCUCAACCAGUUGCUGUAUCUCUUCAUUUGUGAGCUGUUUGAAUCGUUUUCUUACAGGUUCAGGCUCCAUAUUUUUUGUUUUGCUGCGUUCAUUCACAAAAGUUAAAAUUCCCGCUCUCAAUCACGCCACUUUGCACCAUGCUUUGAUCACGUGCUGUAAUGUAUCCCGAGCGGGGUACAUUGCGUGAUGUAUCACGAUCGGGAUACAUUUUAGUCAAGGCCACGUGACCAGGAAUCAACCAAUGACAGCCCCUGUUUAGUUGAAUGAAAGUCUAGGAAUAUAACAAAAUGUAUUUGAUUUUUAAGCUAGAGAUAUGUAUCAUUACAGUCAUAGUAAGGCAACAUGUGUAUUGUUGGAAAUACCAUCCAAAACUGAUGAGUGGAUCAACUUUUUGUUGGUCUACGAAACAGACCUGUAUUAAAAUCCAUAUGUGCUCAUACUGAGUAGUCUAUUGACUGUUAAACCGCUCCUUAAUUGUAGAGCACUGUUCUGGAUCCAACGGUGAAUUGCCUGGAUUUGUUUAUAUAGAUAUAUAUAUAUAUAUAUACGCACCAAACCCCCGCCCCUGAGAUGACCUGCGGUUUUCAACUGGUAUGCUGCAAAAAAAAAACUAUGAGGUUUAUUGGUGUUGAAAUAGAGCAAGAGACGAGUGCACCCCAUCCUAAAAAAAUCCUGGAUCCGCCCCUGGCAUAUUGGGACCUUUGAACCUCAUCUUUUCUGAAGCAAUGUUGAACAUUGUAGUAUAUCAAAUGUUAAUAGUUAACAAUGUGCCUGUAAACAUUGCUGCGCUAUAGCAGUUUAUGCAAUGUGUUACUCUCUUGUUAGUUCUUGUGGAUACUGGACUUAAGGAACUUUAUUUGCCCUUGUUAGUAACCGGAAUACACUGUACAAUAUGAAGGGUGUGAAAACACAUCUGUCAGUAUCAGUGGAGCUGAGAUAACCUUACAUUUCGGCUCCACUACGCAGUACAACAUGAAUAGAAAAACCAUUAGGUUUAUUUUGGCUGUUUCGGCCGAGCACCGCAGAUAUAACAAUACAUUAUACAACAUCUUCUAUUACAUUCAAAUAUGUGGUGUAAGAACUAGAACAGAGCUGAGCGACAGUUUACACAGAAUACUGUCAGAACAGAGGCCAGAAAAAACCUGCCGGAAAAAAACCUCAGUAAGGAAAAAAACUCGGCAGGAAAUCUGGGUAGGAUCCAUGGCUCAUGCUCUGAAAAGCCCAUCCUACGAAGGCUACACGGCUGGAAGGACUUUGCCCUUAUUUACAAAACAAGUAUUCCAACAAAGGACGGCAAACUCUAAAUAAUUUAAGGAAACGCAAACAAGCUAAGAAACCACUGGAAAAAUCGAACUGCCACUAGUAAAUCAAAUAUAUCCUAAAAUAAAUAAAUAAGUAAGUAAAUAAAAAUAACAUGAGCUAGACGAGGUGUCGGCCUAGAAUGCUUUCCCACGUGAUAAGCAUCCCUUUUAUAGCGCUCCAUUCUACCCAUACUGCACUUCAACUGCCCCAGUCCCCACUGCUCCCGUGCCGCAGAAAUAUUUCGUUUCCGGCUAAUUCGUAUCCACUCAAACGCCGGAAAUUCCAUUCUCCGGGCUGUAACCACUUAUGUCGUAUGUUGCAAUUUGGCUCCAAGCAUGUCUGCAUUGAAGAUGUGCAUAUUUUCAAACAUUGUCAUGAAAUGACACUGUUUUUGUUGUGGAUUGGGACAUACUGUUUAAGCUGUGUGGUUCAGCAAACAAGUGGAGUAAAGGAUUUGUCUUCUCUGGUAAGAUAUGAUGACAGUUCUUUAGCUGCAAUAAGGCAUGUUCAAAGUAUCGUACCCGUAGUACGAACACGCCCAAAUAUACGCUCCCACAGCGUCUUGUUAUCAUACAAAAAGUUGGUCUGGCUAAAUAAUUGUGAUGUUGUUGUUGAAGAAGAGCUAUUCUCCUUUUCCCGUAGAUAUCCAUUUUUAAACCUACGUCUGGUAAGUUAACAGAUUGGUCAAGACAGGCCUUUGAACAGGGUCUACCGAAACAAUGGAUUGGACGUCAUUCUAAAGUCAUAAAUAUCCAGUUUCAUCCCGAUAAUUACCAGCUUAUGCUGCUGCAGGACCACCAAAUGUUUACAAUUGUGGAUCUGUCAGAGGUAAUACCUACUUUCUGUUAUCGUAUACGUAAUGUUUUUACUUCCACCAUCUCUUUUGAGAAUACAGCUGUCCAAAAACACACACAUAGUAUUAACGCUUUCACCCCCUAAAAGUGACAAAGUGAAAAUUCAACAAAAAUUUCCAAAUUUCAUUUUGUAAAAUGCAGAAAAACAAUUAGCACCAUGUGAAAGUACUGCCAAAGAGGAUCCAUGGGAAUGGUGCACCACAAGAUUUUAUUCCAAGACUUGAAAGUCGGUUACAAUCGGCUUUGAAGACACAAUAAUUACUCUGGGAGUGAAAGAGUUAAAGUACGAUUCGAAAUUUCUAGGUAGUUUUUAAAAGUAUUUUAACUCUCCACCUUGACUGUUAUAAACUUACCUUUAAGCCGUUACCAGACGUAGAUGCCCUGCUGUACGAGCCAAAAUUAGUUCGACGAAAAAGAAAGCAGCCAGCAUCUGAUUCCGCUGAACAAACAGAUCAAGGACAGCAGUCAUUUAAGGCUUGUCUCAAAUAUUCGGUGAGUAUGCUUUCUUAUCCGUAAUUUUCACAAACCCUCCUUAAUUAAGUUGAUUCUGAAAGGGAUCGCAGCCAGGGUAAUCUCAAAGAAAAAUCAACAACAUAGACUUGGGGACCGACUCGGUAACAAGAACCUCGAAUUCUGUUUACUCACUUGUAUGCGAGUGGAAAGCUUAUUUUCUCUGUAGUUUCGAGAGAUGGGUUAUGGAUAGUUCUUUUACAGCACACCAAAAAAGAGUAUUCUUCGUCACAAAGAGCGUACCAAACCUAAACUGAAAUAUUGACGUCCGUUUGCGCGGCUGAGUACAGAAUUAACCAGUAGUUCUGUGGUAACCGUCUUAUUUGCAACACGAAAAAGACGGUGGCAAUGGUUAUUGCAUCACACAGGGAUGUCAAACUUGCCAGAGACGUUCAUACAGGGGGGGCUGGCAACGGCCUUUGAUCUUGCCGCUUUUCUGCUUUCCAUGAUCGCCCCAGUUAAGAAAUCUGUCAAUCAUUCGAGAACUGUAGCGAGCAUGCGCGAAACGGGCUGGGAACAACAACAACAUCAAGAAGUUCGUCUUCGCAAGCGACUCGACAGUGUGAUGAAGUGAAUUCGCUUUUGGUCCUGUUGGUCAUUGCUUUCUUUGCUGUAACCGAUUUUUUCCGCAGUAAUGUGGAGCUUACGUUUUCCUUUCUUCUCGUCUUGAGUUUAUCAUUACAUGCGAUUUACUACGCCAAGAAUGAGACCAGUGAACAGUCAUUGUACAUGUUCCUCGAUGCCCGGCCUUUUGGCUCACUACAGGCUUUCAAGCUGUGUUUCUGUUUAGAAGACCCACAAGACUAGAAGAAGGGCCAACCCUCCAAUGCGUAUGUAGAAGAGUUUAUAUUUUCAAGUAAAAGGCCAAAAAUUAAUCCUUUGUGAUAUUAAAAAAAGCGCGGUGGCCGUGGUCAAGUAGAAGAGUUGUCAGAGUUGUUUACGGUUUCAUUACACCUUUAAGACGAAAAGAAAUUAUGAUUGAGAUUCUUAAUUCUUCAUCCUUGAUUGUGAACUUAUCCUGGCAGAGUUGCCUUGGAUGAUUGAGUGGCUGAUGGUCAAAUCUCGUAGUUCAUGUAUUUUGUUAUGUACAAGAAGCUAAAUAAAUUUUGCCAAGAGAUCAUUGAUUUCACUCUUGAUAUGCUUAAGUUCUUAUCUUCGUGUGACAUAAUUUAAACUUUACCGUAGUUUCUAAGAAAUAGAUAUAGGCAAAUGAAAGGGUCAUUAUUUUGUGUGUUUGGAAUUCUCUUUUCAUGACAGCAGUUACUACCCUGCCUUCAGUUUGAGUCCUCAUUCAAUUGUGUUUUGUUUUGUUGCUAACAAAGAGGGAAAAAUUGUAAAAAUAAAUGUUCAAGUUUGCAUGUUUUGACAAGGACUACAUCUGGCUAAAUAUGCUUCAAAGGGAAUUUAUAAAAUUUACAAAAAGAUGACAUUUGUAUUUUUGCCUUUCCUUUGGCCACUGUGAUCAGUUUUUGCAAUAUAAUUGCAUGUAAUGUUUACACCUUUGGACAUCAGCCUGCCAGGUUAGUUUGUGUCUGUGUAAAAAUGCAGUUUACUGUUAAUGAAAUCAAAGUAAACCCUCUCAACUUAAAAAUUGCCUUGUACUAGUGGAUAUUGAAAACACCAUAGGAUGCCUUGGAAAAAAAAUGUAAAAUGAUUAUUAAGGUAAUAUUAUUUGCAGUCGACAAUAACAGUUAGAAACUUGUGUUGAGGCUGGCAAAAAUAUUUUUCAGAGACCAUAAACCUUCACUGACUUUGUUGUUACAACAAGUGGUAAAAGGGUAUUGAAAUUGUGAGAUCACCUCCCUGGGCUUACACUGAAAGAAAGUAUGGGUAGUAGGACACAUUGUGCAUUUCCCUACCCUUUUUAAGCCAAGAGACCUUAUUUAUAAUCCUGAUUCAUUUCCUUUAGCAUACAGAAUUAAGGUAGCUUUUAAACUUAGAAACAUGGCAAAACUUGGGGGGGAAAUGGUAGUACCAACAGACUGUACCCUAUAGACCGCUGCUUCUUCAACCUUCACAACCCAAACAGACACCUUGUUCAAAACUCUAGAGGGUGAAAUGGUCACCACCCUAAAUCAGCAGCACAUACCCAUCUAGACCAAAUACACCAAGGGUAGUAUCAUAGAAAGAAAUGCUGAGAGGAUAGGGCUCAAGCCCGACAAUAACUUCUUUUGAUGGUUGAUAAAAAAUCAAUUUUACCUUGUAUAAUUUAGCUGUAAAUCAGAUUCAUAACUUACACAAACAAUAAACUUAAGUUGUGUAUUUUUCAAGCCUCUUCUGAUUCUCUUUAUAAACUUUGCAAAACAUUCAGUUUUCUUUUUUCUGUUUCUUGUACUUCAGUCCUUUAAGGGAUGUUCUCAACGCAUACUCUUUCCUAAUGUACUCACUCUUAUUAGCAACUGAAUUAGCCUCUUGUUCUUACACUAAACCACUAUAAUCAUUUCAAGUAUAAUUCAUAACUAAAGGGUAAUUUUUGUACCAACAAUUUCAAGGAAAUACUUGAAACCGAAGUCACUAUCUAAUACAAAACUACUAAAUACGGUUUUACUGUUGGAAAUUUAUUGAUUAUCACUCCAAUGACAUUCCAGUGAAGGUUUUGAAGGUUCAGUAAACCCCUCCCAGCCUUCUGAUAUUAAAAAUAGCUUAUACUGACAGACCCAGUAUAUGUGAAGCAAAGUGAUUGGAAUAUUUACCCUGGUUUUCACUAAAUUGGCCCUGUAUUCUGUAUUUACGCCCAUAAAUAUUUGUUGUACCUCCCGGUGUACACAAACAAACUUACGAACAGCGAAGUAGAAAAUCAGUGGUUUAAUGAAAAUUCACAUAUGACUGUUGCAAUACUUGUGUGUAUUGUGCUCGUAGCAUGUGUUUAAGAUAAGGAAGAGAGUCUUAAUACCACUGUAAGUAGAAAAAUAUAAGAAAUAGAGCAAGAUGGUCGCUCGAAAAUUAUAACUCAACUUGCCGAGAUCCCGAAUCACGAUAAGUGAAGUCACCCAUGAACUGUUCAUACACGCCUCCUGAUGUCCAAAAAGUCCAUUAAAAAAAGUUCAUAGAAACCUUUUCUUGAUAUUUGUACGCGGGAAAACUUAAAACUGAGUAAAAACUCAUCGUCCUUCCAUGUCUGCAUUCUCCGCCAUAUUUGUUUUCAAGGAAAACUUGUACUCAGUCUCACUCGGCCGAAUUUCUUAACUGGGGCGAUCAUGUAAACUCGGUUCCAGACCUCGCUGCCAGCCCCCCCUGCGUUCAUAUUUCUUACAGUGAUUCGAUUCUGGAUCAGAAGAGAUCCUUCAAGUACCUCGGUGUGAUAUUAGAUGAUUUGUUAUGUUGGAACAGUCACAUAUCAUUUGUGUCGCCUUGCGCCUACCCUGAACGUAAGCUGCUGAAUAGAAUUUCGUCUUUUCUGGAUCCAACUAGCCCUCUGAAGAUUUAUAAACUGACAAUUUUACCCAUUUUAGGUUGCGGUUUUACUGUAUGGGGAUCCUGCUCCAAGAAAAACUCUGACUUUUAGUUAGAACAGUUACAAAACAAAGCUAUAAGGCAAACCACUGACUUGCUCACAAAUGAUGAGAGACAAACUUGGACUUCUAACGCUAUCUAGCAGACGAAGAUUUCUGCAUUUUCAGCUAGUGUUCAAAAUUGUUUACCAUCAGCGUUUUCCUGUGUAACUUCAGAGUUUUUUAAAAGACCUGGAGAUCUCAAUACCCUGGUAGGACCUUAAGAGAUAGACCAGAAAUUCGUCUGCCUAAAAUAAAAUCUAAUAUUGGCCAGUUUACUUUUAAAUUUUAAAGGAUUGGAACGAGUUACCCAAAGAAUUACGGGCUGAUGGCCUAAAUUUACUUACCUUUCAUGUACACCUUUGUUAUAUUGUGAAGAUUAGCCUUUCCGCUUUUUUCAUCAUGUACUAUUGUUUUAAUCUUUUAAUCUUCAAACGGGUAGUGGCGUAUGUAUCUACUCAAAGAAUACGAACAGAGCGAAGUAGAGUCAGUUUGGAUCAAUAUGAGACCUCAUGUGAUACCUAGGAGCGUCUCUACUAUUCUUCUAGGAGUGGUAUACCAGUCCACCGCCAACAGGGAAUUGGAAAAUGUUAUUUUAUGAGAACACAUCCAGUCGAAUAUCGAUAAUUUCCUUAUGAAGCAUCCUAACGCUAUGGUGAUAGCAACCGGAGAUUUUAAUGCAACCUCGACUGGAUUGGACCCUAAAUCCGUCAGCAUCCCAAACCACCUCAAACAGCUUGUUGCAUCAGGCAUACUGGAUUGAUUCUGCACUAAUAGGCCUCACCUCUUCCAUCUCUAGAAGAUUCCCAAAGUGGCAGCAUCCGAUCAUUACACAAUACUAUCUCGCCUAACGGAAAUAUCCCCGCCCAAACAGGAUUCUAUCCGUAGGAUCAGGAUUAGGCAGUGUUGAGCUAAUAACUGGGGAGACUUUGGCAGUUGGAUGACAGGGAAAGACGGGUCGGAGAUUUUCUCUGCCCCUUCCUGUGCACAAAAUUCGAGAUCUUAUCACAAGAACAUAACUCCGCCAUGGACACUUAUUUUCCUUUGAAGUCUGUUAGGAAACACAUAAGUGACAAGCUAUGGCUUACGAAUAACAUCAAGCUAUUAAUCUCGAAGCGUCAGUCUGCGUUUAUUAGGCACGGGAAGGACUCUCUUGUCUACAAAUUUUGGAAGAACAAGGCCCAACGUGAUAUCAAACUUGAAAAAUCCCUUUAUUACAACAAUAAAAUCAACGACCUUGCUCAAAGCAGCGCUAAAAAAUGGUGGCAGCAAAUCAAGUCGCUAACUGGUCAGGACGCACCCAGCAAACAAGCGCGGUAUCAUCAAUUCCCUAAACGAUGAAUUGACUCACAACCACGAUUAAACUUCCACAAAGCCGCAAUGCUAAGCAAACAACCAGGUUGUGGUGCGUUUAGUUUGCUGUUAUCUUUAUUUGUCCCUCGUGUUUUAUGUCCCCUUCAUCUCAAAACCACGGCUGUUACUUCGGCGGAGCGCGAAGUAAAGGAUUUGCGACGCUCAGGAAUGUAUUAAAGUUGACUUUUUUUGGCAAGAUUGGGCACACAAAGUCUGUAGGUUUCCGGUUUUAUUCGGCUAUUUGACGAAGUGAGAGCCGAAUUAGUUCGCGAUAUCUCGAGAUCACUUCGAUUUCUUUGAUUUAUUCUUUAACUUUUUCGAGGGAGAAAGAAUUAUUAUUUUGGCUUUCCCGGGGUUUGAACCGGCUAACCUGUGUGACCCGUCAGAUCAGAGGAGAAUCUAAGUUGAGGGAUCAGCAGAUUGCGGUACUGCGACCCAGGGUAGUUCGGGCUAUGAAAAGUAGUUAUGAAAUAAUGCACUAGUAUGGGGACAAGAUUGGGCGUGCAAGUUCGUGACUUUUCGGCUUAUUUCGGCUAUUUAACGAAGUGAGACCGGACUACUUCGUAAUAUCUUGAGAUCACUUCGAGCUUAGCCUUUAAUUUACUCGAGGAAUAAAUAGAGGAUAUUACGUGGCCGCGCAGAGACACGAAAUUUCUCUUCGAGUAUUCAAAAACAUUUCACGAGUGAGCCCUCCAUUCGAACUAUUUUAUGAUGAAUUUAAAGUUACAAAAUGCUGUACAAAGACAUUUUGUCUUUGUUGAGUGUUACGUCAGGUAGAUUUUGUGACAGUUUAUUAUGCAGUCAUACUUCGAUAAUCUUUUGCGUUACGUGUUAUCAGUGACAUUCUGUGGAGCAGUAUUUUUCAAAGUUAUGGACCAAAAGACACUCGUUAAGCGCAAAUGAAGUUAUAAGGUGCGAAACUGUGUAUAUAUAUAAACACUUGGAGAGUUUGCCAGACACGAGUUCACAAAUCUUUGAUUGGAAACCUUGCCAGACACUCUUUCUCUCUCUUUGACCGAAAUAAGACUCAAGCCCAAACAAGCAAGGCGAACAGAUCAACGCCUAGCUUAUCACUAGCAGAACGAUGGACGAUUACAGAAAUUCGCCGACAAUCAAAUUCUGUGCUGACUUUAUAUUCCCUGCUCACAGAUGUCCUUCCGCUAUAAAGUUUAAAUAAGACUAGAAUGCGCGAGCGUGAAUUGACCAAAUGUCCUUUUAAUUUCUAAGGCUUACUUUCUGGCAAAAAUGAACUGAAUGUAAGGCCCAACGUGAAUAGACUAUUCUCGAAGCUGAGAAUGUUUUGAUCAAAGCUGUGUAAAUCGAACAGAAACUGUGCAUGGAACCUUGCGUUUCCUGUUCAGUUUUAUCUCACCUAUUGUAUGGAAUAUGUGUGAAAAUCUUCAUCAUGAAUCGGACGGGUAUAUUUGAAAGAGCUACUCAACGAGCAAGAAUACUAUUGACCGACAAUACACAGAGCGGGGGCAGCCAAAGUGUCAACUAUUACUAGUUAUUGGCAGAGGCUGUUUACUUUUCCUUAAGUUCAAGUCAAGUUUGUGUUGGCGGAUGCUGUGUUUUAAAGCUCUGUAAAGGCUAUGUUCCUUUGAUAUUAAACUUCCUUGUGUUAAUCCGACAUCCCCCCGUGCUGAUAGUCAGUGAAUAAUUAUCCUCAAAACAUUCGAACUCGUGACAUUGACUUUUAGCCAAUACCACGCUCAACGUAAUUGACUCCUUACCCAUGCCUUACAUAUUAGUGAUCAGUACAUGAGACUGCUAUGCUGUUUUGGUAUUUAGUGUUUUAGUAUUAGUAAUCAGUACAUGAGACUGCUAUGCUGUUUUAGAAGCCUGAUGUGACUAAGAAAAAUAGAGAAUUCUUUUUUCACUUUUGUUAGACUUGUUAUUCACCGCCAGUAACCUCAUAUUUGACCUAGGUCUAAACGUUUAGGCCCAAGUCAAAUUUAGAAGGAUUUGUAUGGAGUCAUCAGAGCAUAGCUGAGAGAUAAUUUGUCCCGAAAUGCUAGUUUUUGGCAAAUAGGCCUCUUGGAUGUUGCUCUUUUCAGAAUAUCCUGACAAAUCCCAUAGUUUUACAAAUUAACACCUUACUCUUACCAUAUUUCAUUUCUUACUAUUCCUCCGCAUUAAUCAGUUCCACAACCAUGACGCUGAAGUGUCUUGUUAUUUUCCUUUUUAGCGGAGCUAGACGCGCGCGCUUCGCGGAGCCACAUUGUUAAGAAAAUUUGGUUAUCUAUCCAUCCAAGAAAGUUUGGUAGUCACUUGAACGUACGCCCGUACACUCUUUGGUGGUGGUGGUGGGGGAGUGGGGGUUUUAAGUAUUAAGUAGACUCUGCAAGAGAGACGGGGAAUCCAAGCAAUGCAGCCUGCGUUGUCUCGGCGAAAGAUUAUCAAGAUGGUGGAAGUUUACCUAGAGGCAGCCGAUGGAGUUUCUCUAGUGUAACAAAGCUGAUUCUUUCUUUCGACAUAAUGUUCAAUUUCAUUGGAAGAAAAACAUGACAAUUUUAGCGGCCACCAAGGUGAAAAUAGGGACCUUAAGCAACGACGACGGCAGUGAAAACGUCGGUAAAAAAAUGAAUUUGCGUUCUUUCAAACUUCAUCGCGUCUAUUUGGACCCGCUCAAUAUGUCAAAUGCAAGCGACUUUUCCUGGAGUUGAAUUCUUAAGCAUUUUAUUCAAGUUAAAAAAGAGGAAGGAAAAUUCGUCGUUUUAUGUCCACGUCCUCCAUAAAACGUCAAAUUAGGAGGUUUCACGUCGUAGUCGUGCAGUGGACGUCAAAGAAACGUACUAAAAAGCGUGAUGCACGUGCAGAGCUGUUGUUUUGAUCAUUAAACCUAUUGCUUUUUGAAGUUGUUGUCGUCGUAGUUGCUUAAGCUCCCUAAUGAGCGACAACGAAAAAAACGUGAACAGGAACACAUACCACAUUUCCUCCAUAAGACGUGUAACUAAGAAGUUUCUGGAAGUUUCACGUUGUGGUCGUGCAAAACAACGGCAACGAAAUGUAAAAAAGGUGUGCUGCACGUCCAAAGUUUUUUUUUUGCUAACAAACCUCUUUAGAACUUUAGCUUGUAUGUUUUGUUUUCCCAAUAGAGGCCCCAAGGGAACUUGACCCUUUUUCUUUUCAUAAGUUAUGCGUAGACAUGCACGUGAAUAAAACGAAAUUUGAAGUCUAGAGUAUUAUCACAUGACCUAUAUUGGCAAAACAAAACAUACAAGCUAUACCCACUGAGCGGGCGGGGGAGGGGUCUGUGUCAAGUUGUUGCCUUCGCCAUCUGGCAUUACACGAUUUUAUACUUUGUUUGAGUAAACUAUAGGUAUUAAAGAGAGCUUCGCUUUUAGCCCUGGCUAAAUCCAUAUAUUAUACUAUUCUUUUGCAGCCGAUACUUUACGCAGGUUAUGCAAAGGACAGCUCUUUAGUUGUGGUUGAGAGGCCAUGGAAGUCAAUAGUGGAAAAGUUACCCCCGCCGCUCUAUCGAAAAAAGUACGGAACAUAGCAGCAGCCUUGCACAAAAUUACAAGACGGCAGCGUUGUUCGAGAGCACUUUCUCUGACCUUGGAAGUUCUAGAAUAAAAUCAACGAUGUAGAUAAAUAGUGGUGUGUAAAUGAGAGAGUGUGUAUGAAGUCUUUACUUUUCUGUCACAUGUUAUCCCACCGAUAUACAUAUUAUUUGCAAUAGAGUGGAAAAACUACUUUAAUUUUUCUAUUUGAAUAAUCCUACUGGUGUCUACUAAGGCAGCAUUAAUAUGAAUGUAGUGAAUGUAGUUUAGUUUUCAGAGUAUAAAAGUUGAACGUUAAAGCUCUCACUAACUACCGAACGAGACAAAAAUGGCCACUUUGAAAUUAAAAUUGCCUACCCAAAGACCGAAUAUAUUGUUAAUGUUAUUACAAGAAAGGAAAAAUUCAGCAGAAUGAUGACAGCUUUUAGUAAAGGUCUCUAGAUAUGGUGAGUGUUGUCAUUUCCUGAGAGCACAAACAAUUCAAUUCGUGUUUUCAUUUUAUCCCGCGGAAAUCAGUGAAUUGUGUGGUAACAGGAAUUAUAACCAUAAAAUAUCAUUAUCUCUGUUAGAUAAACCGCUGAUUACUAUUUAGGGCCAUGUUUGGUUUUUUGUUUCUUCCUUUAGCCUUAUUUUGGUACCAGGUAGUUAGGGUGGAAAAAAAAAAAAGAAAUGGAAGAUUACAAGAACCAGUUUGGUAC